CUUGACCCAAGCAGCGCUAAGUGCGCCAGAAGGGUCGAUUUCCCUGAUUAUAUAAAGCAGCAGUUUUAACUACCAAGGCUACCGGGAGGGACAUCCUCUCCAAAAAACAACAACGACAAAGAAUCGAGCCCCAAGCUUCCUUCGCCUCAGAGGUCCCCACCUCCACUUUCCUCCUUCAGAGCAGCCGAGGAAUCGCACAGAGCUGGAAGACGAGGAGUCGAGCGCGCAGAGAAUGGACUGAGCACCAGGGAUUGAUCCAAAGGACGCACGAAUCAGGUAGGGUCCUCCUCGUGCGCCCCCGUCCCCUGCCCCUCAGUUUCCUGGAGGUGCAGGUUUCACUGCUGCUAAAUGUUAUUCUUUGCUCUUUUGAUCUCCAGCUAUUCCCACCAUCCAGGGCGCAGCAGCCCCCUGUUCCCCCCACAUUUUCCCACGGUCCUUAUUCCACGUCUGCUUUUGCCGGCUGGGGAUGCUUCGUGGGAAACGCUGUUCGCAUCAGUUGUUAGAGUCGCCGUUCUUCAGGAUCGAGUCCCUCCCCAGGAUACUGUCUGGGUGGGUAAGGGGGGCGGUGUAUCAAGUCUCCCCCGAGCGCAUGUGGAUAAAUGCACACGCGCAUGAACGCUAAGGCGCCGUGCAAAGUCUUAGUUUUACGCGCGAGCACUGCAAAAUGCCAAGGUAUAUUUUGCGAAGUUUUGUGAUGAAUUAUGUUUCGGGGGAGUCUCCCGGUGUUAAUGACCGAUUGCAUUUAUAUCCUGCAUUUUUCUCCCGGCGACUCAAGGUGCCUCGCGUGAUUCUUCCCCCUCAUUUAAUCCACGCAACAACCCUGUGAGGUUGUUGUUUAGUCGUUUAGUCGUGUCCGACUCUUCGUGACCCCCUGGACCAGAGCAUGCCAGGCACUCCUGUCUUCCACUGCCUCUUGCAGUUUGGUCAAACUCAUGCUAGUAGCUUCGAGAACACUGUCCCACCAUCUCGUCCUCUGUCGUCCCCUUCUCCUUGUGCUCUCCAUCUUUCCCAACAUCAGGGUCUCUUCCAGGGAGUCUUCUCUUCUCAUGAGGUGGCCAAAGUCUUGGAGCCUCAGCUUCAGGAUCUGUCCUUCCAGGGAGCACUCAGGGCUGAUUUCCUUCAGAACGGAGAGAUUUGAUCUUCUUGCAGUCCAUGGGCCUCUCAAGAGUCUCCCCCAGCACCAUAAUUCAAUACAUCAAUUGUUCAGCGAUCAGCCUUCUUUAUGUUCCAGCUCUCACUAUUGGGAAAACCAUAGCUUUAACUAUACGGACCUUUGUUGGCAAGGUAGGUUAGGCUGAAAGAGGCCGAGUGGGGGGAUUUGAACUCCAGUCUCCCAGUUCCUAGCCUGACACUCCAACCACUACACCACACUGCCUCCAAUGUGGGGACCCCUCAGGCGGUAACCCCUCAUAUGAAAAUUAUUCUGGAAUGACAGGCGUGGCCCUAUUUCCAUUUGCUCAGAGUUGCAAGUUAUGCUUUCUUUUCCUUGAAAGUAUCCCUUCUUUCUACCCCUGGCAAAAUCUGAUUCUAUCAAGGGCUGUCUUCUCUCUCUCUCUCUUUUUAAAUAAAUUUUUAUUAGUUUUUUUAACAUAUCAUUUUCAACAGUAAUUAAACAUACUUUUACAUCUUAUUCAAAUUUUUGACUUCCAUCAAUCCUGUCUGAAAAUUUUCCAAUCUAAUCUCUCAGUAUGCAUUUCUUAUUUUCCCUAUUACAUUUCAAACUCAUAACCAAUAUCUCUAUCUUUUUCUACUUUGUAACACUUCGUAUAUCUCUCCUUACAAAACUUCUUUUUUUAAAAAAAAUAAUAUUUAUUAAAGUUUCAAUGGGAAUAAUAAUAAUAAUAAUAAUUUAUUAUUUGUACCCCGCCCAUCUGGCUGGGUUUCCCCAGCCACUCUGGGCGGCUUCCAUAGAAACAAAAAAUACAGUAAAAUAUCACAGAUUAAAAGCUUCCCUGAGCAAUAAAAUAACAAUAAAAUUAACAAUAAAAAGGAAAAAUACAAAGUAAAAAGAAAAAACAGUUAAAAACAAUUCCAACUUUUCCUCACUUCUUUUACGUUUACUUGUUUCCCGGACCUCCUCAUACCUCCCUCUUUUGUAUUCCAAUUCAAUUUGUUAAUCCAACAAUUCCUUUCCCUCCUUUUUAAUCCUAAUCCUUAGUCUUGAUAUAUUGUAACGUUAGAUUUUUACAUAUUAAAAACCAAUUUUUCCAUAUUCUUUUGUACCUAUACAGCUAGAAACCACUUAACUUCAAUCCAACAUCAUUCUAACAUUCAUUAAUUUUACAAUAUUUCUGUAAAUAGUCUUUAAAUUUCUUCCAAUCUUCUUCCACCAACUCUUCUCCCUGGUCACGGAUUCUGCCAGUCAUUUCUGCCAAUUCCAUAUAGUCCAUUAAUUUCAUCUGCCAUUCCUCCAGUGUGGGUAAAUCUUGUGUCUUCCAAUGCUUUGCAAUGAGUAUUCUUGCUGCUGUUGUAGCAUACAUAAAAAAGUUCUGUCCUUUUUAACACCGAUUGGCCGACGAUGCCCAGGAGAAAGGCCUCUGGUUUCUUCAAGAAGGUAUAUUUAAAUACCUUUUUAGUUCAGUAUAUAUCAUCUCCCAGAAAGCCUUAAUCUUUGGGCACGUCCACCAAAGGUGAAAAAAAAGUACCUUCAGUUUCUUUACAUUUCCAACAUUUAUUAUCAGGCACAUGAUAGAUUUUUGCAAGCUUGACUGGGGUUAUGUACCACCUGUAUAUCAUUUUCAUAAUAUUUUCUCUUAAGGCAUUACAUGCCGUAAAUUUCAUACCUGUGGUCCACAACUGUUCCCAGUCAGCAAACAUAAUAUUAUGUCCAACAUCUUGUGCCCAUUUAAUCAUAGCAGAUUUCACCGUUUCAUCCUGAGUAUUCCAUUUCAACAGCAAGUUAUACAUCUUUGACAAAAUUUUAGUUUUGGGUUCUAACAAUUCUGUUUCUAAUUUUGAUUUUUCCACCUGGAAGCCGAUUUUCUUGUCCAAAUUGUAUGCCUCCAUUAUCUGAUAAUAAUGAAGCCAGUCUCGCACUUUGUUUUUUAGUUUUUCAAAACUCUGCAGUUUCAAUCUAUCUCCAUCUUGUUCCAAAAUUUCCCAAUAUUUCAGCCAUUUGACCUCCAUAUUGAGCUUUUUCAAGGCUUUCGCUUCCAUCGGUGACAGCCACCUUGGGGUUUUAUUUUCCAAUAAAUCCUUAUAUCUUAUCCAAACAUUAAACAAUGCUUUCCUGACAAUAUGCAAUAUGGUUUUUAAAUGCUUUAUGUGCUUUGACCUUAUCGUACCACAGAUACGCAUGCCAUCCAAAUACAUUGUUAAAACCUUCCAAAUCCAAAAUGUCAGUGUUUUCAAGAAGCAGCCAUUCUUUCAACCAGCAAAAAGCUGCUGAUUCAUAAUAAAGUUUGAGGUCUGGCAGGGCAAAUCCACCUCUUUCCUUUGCAUCUGUUAGUAUUUUAAAUUUUAUUCUGGGCUUCUUGCCCUGCCAGACAAAUCUAGAAAUAUCUCUCUGCCACCUCUUGAAACAGUCCAUUUUGUCCACAAUUUGCAAUGUUUGAAACAAAAACAACAUUCUAGGCAAUACAUUCAUUUUUAUCGCAGCAAUACGGCCCAGCAGUGAAAGCUUCAAAUUUGACCAAAUUUCUAAAUCUUUUUUCACUUCAGCCCAACAUUUUUCAUAAUUAUCUUUAAAUAAGUUCCCAUUUUUUGCUGUCAAAUUGAUCCCCAAGUAUUUAACUUUCUUAACCACUGUUAAACCUGACUCAUUCUGAAACACCUCUCUCUCUAUUGGUGUUAAAUUUUUCUCUAAAACCUUAGUUUUUACCUUAUUCAAUUUAAAUCCUGCGACUUGACCAAAUUCUUGAAUCAAUUCUAAAACCCUUUUGGUACUAGAUUCUGGCUCCUGUAACGUCAGUACUAAGUCAUCUGCAAAUGCUCUCAAUUUGUACUGUUUAGCUCCAACCUGUAUACCUUUAACCAACUGGUUCCUUCUAAUCAUGUUCAGCAAAACCUCCAGGACCGAAAUAAAAAGCAGUGGGGAAAUUGGGCAACCUUGUCGUGUCCCUUUUUCUAUCUUAAAUUCUUCCGUCACCACAUUAUUUACAAUUAAUUUAGCCUUUUGUUCUGAAUAAAUUGCACUUAUACCGUUUUCAAAGCCUUGGCCUACCCCCAUACCCUGUAGGUUCUUCUUCAUAAAACUCCAAGAAAUAUUGUCAAAAGCUUUCUCCGCGUCCACAAAUAUCAAAACUGCUUUAGUGUUCAUAUUCACUUCUAGUUUCUCCAAAAUAUCAAUUAUGUUCCUCAUAUUGUCAGACAAGUGUCUACCCGGGAGAAAGCCCGCUUGAUCUUUAUGAAUCUCUUCCAUCAACACUUUUUUCAGUCUCUUAGCCAAAAUGUCUCUCCUUACAAAACUUCUUGUAGUACCGUAAUUUGUUGAUUACAGUUGCUUUUCAAAUAGUUCAUAUACUUCUUCCAAUCUUCUGUAAAUCUCUGGUCCCGCAGGUUUCGAAUCCUUCCUGCCAUUUUGUCCAAUUCUGCAUAGUCCAUCAAUUUCGUCUGCCAUUCUUCUUUCGUCGGAAUUUCUUCUUGUUUCCAUUUCUGGGCUAACAAUACUCUUGCCGCAGCUGUUGCAUAUAAAAACAAUUUAACAUCUUGCCUAUUAAUGUCCUGACCUAUAAUACCAAGUAAGAAUGCUUCUGGUUUUUUAAAAAAAUGUAUAUUUCAACAUCUUUUUCAUCUCAUUAUAUAUCAUUUCCCAGAAGUUCUUUACUUUUUUACAUUCCCACCACAUAUGAUAAAAUGUUCCUUCUUUUUCUUUACAUUUCUAACAUUUAUUAUUUGUCUUGUACAGUUUAGCUGAUUUCACUGGUGUAAUAUACCAUCUAUACAUCGGAGGGCUGUCUUCUUCUCAGUCUAGCCUACCUCACAGGGUUGUUGUGGGUAUUAAAUGAGGAAGGGGCAGACGUGCAUGCCUCCUUCAGCUCCUUGGAUAACAAAAGGGUGGGAUAUAACUGCAAUAAAAUGGGGUGGCGGGGAGAAAUAUCCUGCAAAUUGCUGCUUGCCUCCAUGCAGCCAGGCAACAAAACACCACAAACUCUGGGUGUGAUUUUCUUUCUUUCAGGCCCCAGGCAGGUGAGAAGCCCAGGUGUGUGCAGGCAUCUCUUCCCCCACGCCUCCAUCUAUUGCAGAUUGCAAGUGGGGGGGGUUUGGGGGUAUAUUCACCUUAAAGUGGGGAGAAGGGCUGCAGCCCAUUGGCAGAACGUUACAUCUGUUUGCCAGGCCUAAUGUCCCAGGUAAACUUCCCACCAUAUAAGGUACAUUGCCCAUUCAGAAAUUCUGCACCGAUGGCAGGUGUGCAGAGUGAUUUGCGCUGAAUGGUUUGCUGUAGGUUGAGAAGGAUUUCUGACUCUCGACUGUUUUGUAACAUCAGCAACAAAACUGCUAUGCUCACCUGAGCUGGAGCCAGGAGUUGCGUGGAAUAUCUGGUUCUAGAAUAGAAACAGGCUCAGAGCAUGCUCAGAGGCACCCUGCCCUUAAAAUCUAAUUGUUAUGUCUUGUAUGGCUACUGGGCUCUUGGGGGGGGUGGUUCCUAGUAAAAUUCAGCAAGCCUGCAGUCUACCUGCCUCUUAGGUACAGCUCCUGGCAAUUAAUGUGCCUCCUCUCGAGGAGGAGGAGGAGGAAGAGGACGGUUGAUGCCCACAUAUACCAUAUUUUUCGCUCCAUAAGAAGCACCUGACCAUAAGACGCACCUAGUUUUUAGAGGAGGAGAACAAGGGGGAAAAAAAUUCUGAACGAAACAGUGGAUGUAUGAUUUUUUUGGUGCAGACUGUAGCCAUGGACAUGCUGUGUGAUCUGAUGGUGAAUUUGGGGUGACCCAAUGCAAAAAUACUGAGGAUCCAUGUGCUUUUACCUCCCCCCUCCCAGGCAGCCUCCUUUAUCUCUAGAGUCCCUUAUCUCCCUCCCAAUCGCUUGCAGAUCAGCUGAUCAGCGGCUUUAUUUCAACACCCCCUUCCCUCUUGUUUGCCUUAGUGUCUUUUCCUUAGCUGGAACAGUUUUUUGCUCUUCCUUUUCUUCUAAUUUCUCUCCUCAUUGCUUUCUGGUGUCUCCUCUCCUUGCAAGUUCGCUGCCUUUACUUCCCCACUCCUUUAUCUCAAGCGUCCCUUAUCUCCCUCCCCCGGCAAACGAUCAGCGGCUUUGUUUUAACACCCCCUUCCCUCUUUCUAAAAAAAAAAAAAAGCACAAUCUGCUUUUCACCCCUGGGCAAUUCGGUUCCAGGGACCACGCAUUCGCUUCAUAAGACGCAAAGACAUUUCCCCUUACUUUUUAGGAGGAAAAACGUGCGUCUUAUGGAGCGAAAAAUACGGUAGGUUGCCAGUGGGGCUGAAUUUAUGCUGGGGCUCCCCAGAGCUCAGCCUUGAGAGAAAAAACAAGAGAGGCUUUGGGCAUUUUAGGGACCAACAAUUUUGCUGUGGCAGAUUUAAAGCAGCUUUCCAUUAAGGUGAACCCAGUGUUAUUUGGGGUUAUUUAUUUUGCUGCAGUGCAAAAAGAAAAAAAGGAAGCCACACCACGGCUCCUACAAGCCCAAGUCGCAUGCCGCUGGUCAUGUGGCUUUGCUGGCUGGCGCUGAUAGUGAAGACUGCAACUCAGCACCUGUGAAACCAGUCAUAUGAUUCUGGGGCAGGUGGCAGUGUGGCAGGGCUGCUUGGGGCUGAUAGGAAAUGUAAUCCAUGAUGCCUGGAGGGCGCUGGGUCGGGGAACUCCGGCUUCUAAGAAUGCAACAAGGCCUCCUGUGUAGCUCUUUAGAAGCUACAGCUGCUCCCCUACGAAGAAAGCUUGCAGAGUUUGGGACUUUUUAGUUUAGAGAAAAGUAAAGAGGCGACAUGCUAGAAGUUUACAAAAUUAGGCCUGUCACGGAGAAAGUGCAUGGGGAAAAGGUGCUCUCCCUCUCUCUUAACACCAGAAAUUGUGGGUAUGCAGUGACGCAGGAUGUUGGAAGAUUCAGGACACAUAAAAGGAAGCACUUCUUUAUGCAGUGCAUGUUAAACUGUGGAACUCCCUGCCACAGGAGGCCAACUUGGGUGGUUUUCUUCUUCUUCUUCUUCUUUUUUCUUCUUCUUCUUUUUCUUCUUCUUCUUCUUCUUUGUUUGUUUAUUUAUUUAUUGGUUUUCACAUAUUACAUUACAAUACAAAUGUACCAAAGCCAAUACCAUUUCCUCCCCAUCUCCCCAUACAUUUACAUUUAUAUUUCCUCAAUCCACCAUAUUAUUCUUUUCUCCCUCCUCCCACUUCCCUCUGCCCCCCCUCAAUUUCCUCCACAUUACACAAUUUACAAUAAUCUUUGCAUUCCACAGUCUUCUCAAAUCAUCUAUCUAUUCUCAUCUUUCCUUACUAAUUUUUCUUCCAUCUAUUACUUCAAGUUUUAAUCUAGGCAUGUUAGCAUAUAUUUUUCUGAGCAAUAUUCAUCAAAACAUUUCCACUCCUUUUUUCAUUUUUGAUUCGACUGAUUUCUUAUUAUAGCAGUUAAUUUUGCCAAAAUUAAAUAUUCAUUUAGUUUACAAAUCCAUUCCUCCUUUGUGGGUAUAGUUUGUGACUUCCACCUAGCAGCAAUCACUAUUCUAGCAGCUGUACUUGCACACAGGAAAAUUCUUUUCUUUCCCUGUGGUAUCUCUUCAUCUAUCAGUCCGAGGAGAUGUGUCUCUGGUUUCUUUGUUAUUGAUAUUUUCAACAUCUUCUUUCAUUCUUCAUGUACUACUAUCCAAAAUUUCUUAAUUUCCUAACACCUCCACCACAUAUGUAUUAUUGUUCCUAUUUCUUGGGUGGCUUUCAAAGAGGAUUGGACCAAUUCAUGGAGGAGAAGAGGGCUCUCAAUGGCUACUAGCCAUAAUUAUUAUUAUUAUUAUUAUUAAUACCCCGCCCACUCUGGGCGGCUUCCAAUCACGUGUUAAAAACAAUACAGCAUUAAAUAUUAAAAGCUUCCCUAAACAGGCUGCCUUCAGAUGCCUUUUAAAGAUAGGACAGCUGCUUAUUUCCUUCACAUCUGAAGGGAGGGCGUUCCACAGGGCGGGCGCCACCACCAAGAAGGCCCUGUGCCUGGUUCCCUGUAGCUUUGCUUCUCGCAAUGAGGGAACCACCAGAAGGCCCUCGGCGCUGGAUCUUAGUGUCUGGGCUGAAUGAUGGGGGUGGAGAUGCUCCUUCAGGUAUACAGGACUGAAGCCGUUUAGGGCUUUCAAGGUCAGCACCAACACUUUGAAUUAUGCUCGGAAACGUACUUUGCUCUUUGGUCAGAGGCAAUAAAUGCUUCUGGAUCCCAGUUGCUGGAACCCAUUAGGAGAUAGUGUUUCUCUUGUGCCCGGAUCCUGAUUUCUGGUUUCCCACAAGAGGCAGCUGAUCAGCCACUGUGAGAACUUGAGCCACUUAUACAUUAUAAGGAGCGCAACUCUCUGCUGUGCGUAUAUAUAUACACGCAGGCUCUCCUCCUUGAGAAAAAAACGGUUUCCUGCCUCUCCAUCCUGCUGUGUAAUUUCCUCGUCUCCCAGAACUUCUGCGAAAUUAUGACUCAGGGUCUCCCAAAUGGCCGGCCGCUCUGGAAGAACAGCCCGACUUCCAGCCCCCCCACCUCCACCCCAAGGUCAGAUCCAUACCACCCAUCAGAGCACACCCUGAGUGGGAAGAAACAGCAGGGAUUCUCAUUAAGACCCCUGGCAUUUAAGCAGGCGCAAUGCCAUAAACACGUACAGUACUGACUGCACAGGAACUCAAGAAACUGCCUUUGUUGUUGUUGUUUAGUCGUUUAGGAGUGCCUGGCGUGCUCUGGUCCAGGGGGUCACGAAGAAGCGGACACGACUAAACGACUAAACAACAACAAAGGGGAGGAGAGAGAUUGCUGAAACUGGAUUGUAACCUCUGUAUGUGUUGCAGCUGCAAUGUGGGCAAAGCAGAGUCAGAAAGAGGAUUUUAAAAAGAAAGAAAGAAAAAGGUCUCAUGGAUCUCUCUUGCAGGGUCCCCUCCCCUCUGCCUUCCCGGAAUGAGGGCAGUUUUCAGAGAAGGCAGGUCACAUGGCAGCAAGGGGAGGGUCCAUAGACCAGGCAGGUAAAUCUGAUGUCAGCUGGUCAUUUGAGACACUUCCCCACAGAGAGAGGUUCAGCUGUCAUCUGGCUGGCGUGAAAAAGCAGGAGCGAAAAAGCCCCUUCUGCAAAGAUGGAAACUCAGGUAGGGCUUCCUGUACGCUGACUUUGGGUCAACCCAGCUCUGGGGAUUCCCAGUGUGGAAGAUCCCUUCUUCAUAAACUUCCUGCUCCCACACUGUGGGUCCCUGGUCCCGGUCAAGUCUUUGCAGAGGGGUGCAAGGGUCAAGCAGGGCAGGGACCCUCUGGGGGGCCGCCUUUCCUGGUGCCCCAUGUGGCCCAGAUGUGUUUCUAUUUAUUUUUUUAAAAAACUUUUUAAAUUGAGUUUUCAGGUUUUUUUUCAUUUCAAAAUAAACAUUUUGCAAACUUUAACAUACCCAAUGACUUCCCUUCUUCUCCUUCCACGGUUCAUAUCACAUAUCAUACAUUCCUGCACAUUUUGCUGUAACCAUUCAAAUCAAUUUCCCCCUUUUACAUCCAAUAUUGUUUACUCUGUUUAAUUUAUCUUCAUGCUGCCAGCAUUUUGAGCUGUGUACAAUUAUUUUCUGCGUAUUCAAUAAUUAUUCUCCACUCUUCUUUAAAUAUGCGUUAUUCUUGCUCUCUUAUUCUGUGUGUUAAGCUUGCAAGUUCUGCAUAUUCUAACGUCUUAAAGUUGCCAAUCCUCUCUAUGUGGGACCUGGCUCACUUUCCAUUUGGGGGCUAACAGAACCAUGCAGACCAUCUUGUGCUCCUUGGAGAAAAAUGGCGGGAUGUAAGUGGUUUAAUUCGGUUGUCUAUUUUCUGACGUGGUUUAUGACGACUUCUUGUUGGGUUAUGAGUGGCCGCUCGCUAACACUUCUGUUGUAGUUAUGUGCUUUUUUCAUGUCGUAAGCUGCCCAGAGCAUGGUUUGAACAGUGGAAAGGUGGCAUACAAGUAAGAUUAUGUAUGUAUAAAUGCGAUAAAGGUAAAGGUACCCCUGACCGUUAGGUCCAGUCGUGGAUGACUCUGGGGUUGCGGCGCUCAUCUCGCUUUAUUGGCCGAGGGAGCCGGCGUACAGCUUCCGGGUCAUGUGGCCAGCAUGACUAAGCUGCUUCUGGCGAGCCAGAGCAGCGCACGGAAACGCCGUUUACCUUCCCGCCGGAGCGGUACCUAUUUAUCUACUUGCACUUUGACGUGCUUUCGAACUGCUAGGUUGGCAGGAGCAGGGACCGAGCAACGGGAGCUCACUCCGUCGUGGGGAUUCGAACUGCCGACCUUCCGAUUGGCAAACCCAAGGCUCUGUGGUUUAGACCACAGCGCCACGUUUUAUUUACCCAUAUAUGAACCUGAGUUUUGAUGGAGGGAGUUCAGAACGUUACACCUCAAAGAGUGCCUCUGGUUGCGUCUCCUAGAGCUUCAUGAAACCUGGGGUCCAGAGCAGAAGGCAGCCGCGCUCCCCAAUCUCUCCAUAAUAAUAAUAAUAAUAAAUAAUAAUUUAUUAUUUAUAUCCCGCCCAUCUGGCUGGGUUUCCCCAGCCACUCUGGGCGGCGUCCAACAAAACACUAAAAUGCAAUAACCUAUUAAACAUUAAAAGCUUCUCUAAAGUGGGCUGCCUUCAGAUGUCUUCUAAAAGUUUGGUAGUUGCUUUUCUCUUUGACAUCUGGUGGGAGGGCGUUCCACAGGGCGGGUGCCACCACCGAGAAGGCCCUUUGCCUGGUUCCCUGUAAGUUGGCUUCUUGCAGUGAGGGAACUGCCAGAAGGCCCUCGGCGCUGGACCUAAGUGUCCGGGCAGAACGAUGGGGGUGGAGACGCUCCUUCAGACGCUCCCAGCCAGCCUCCAUGGAGUUCUGCUGCCCCACAUCCUUUUAGCUGUUUCCAAAACCCUCCGGCAAAAGGACACUUUUUUCCUGUGCUGACAUCAGGCUCCUCAUAACCCUGGUGCCCUCUCCCUCCCAACUUUUUUUUUUUUUUUAUCUCCCCCCAUUACUCAGGGCAGAUGAAGAACAGUAAUUGCCUUGUUAAUCACUCUUAAUGGUCCUGUCCUCUGGUCUCUUUGUUUCUUAAUGGCACCUCUAUCAACUGAUCUCCUGAACAGGAAAACCAGUGUAGUCUGUACUUUUACAACCCCUGUCAGCUCACCUUAAUUCUCUAAACACUAAUUAAACCCCAACAGCCAGGAAUCUAGGGGGAGUCAGGGCACCCCCAAAUCCAUAACAGUACAAUAAGUCAGACCUAGGUUAGAUCUGCAAGCCAUUUGUUGCUAUGAGCUGACAGUCGGCUUAACGGCAAAGGCAGACCUGGGCUGAAGACAUGUUUCUGUUUUCACCUUUUCUUAAAUAUCACGGCCUAGCGAGCUUCUAAAACUUUCAUGUACACCUCCCUCUGUGCUCCCCCCCCCCAUUCCUCUGUUAAUCUUGCAUUUCAGCACGAUUGCAAUAAACACACAUGGUGUGGUGUAGUGGUUAAGAGCGGUAGUCUCGUAAUCUGGGGAACCGGGUUCGAUUCCCCGCUCCUCCACAUGCAGCUGCUGGGUGACCUUGGGCUAGUCACACUUCUCUGAAGUCUCUCAGCCCCACUCACCUCACAGAGUGUUUGUUGUGGGGGAGGAAAGGAAAGGAGAAUGUUAGCCGCUUUGAGACUCCUUCGGGUAGUGAUAAAGCCGGAUAUCAAAUCCAAACUCUUCUUCUUCCUCUAUAUUAAGAACAAGUCCCAUGUUAAUAUCCAACCUUAUGCUGAUUUCAUCAUCAUCAUCAUCAUCAUCAUCAUCAUCAUCAUCAUAAUUUAUUAUUUAUACCCCGCCCAUCUGGCUGGGCCUCCCCAGCCACUCUGGGCGGCUUCCAUAGAAACCAAAAAUACAGUAAAAUAUCACACGUUAAAAACUUCCCUGAACAGGGCUGCCUUAAGAUGUCUUCUGAAUGUCAGGUAGUUGUUUAUCGCUUUGACAUCUGCUGGAAGGGCGUUCCACAUACUGCUGCGACAGUAUUCAUUUAUGCUCCUUAUCCAUCGCUUAUCCAUAAACGAAGAAUAAUAAUAAGAUUUGGGGAACGGGGGUUGGAAUUUGAUUUUGAUUUUGAUUUCAGGGGCAUAUGCUGAGGCUGGGCACCUGUGAAAAACAAGCAAAGCUCCCCAAAGGAUUAUUAUUAUUAUUAUUAUUAUUAUUGUUAUUGUUGUUGGUUUUAUUAUAUCCCACCCAUUUGAAUGGGUUGUCCCAGCUUCCAACAGAUAUAAAAACAGAAGGAAACAUUACACAUUAAAAUAUUAGCCUUGGUGAAGACUUGACGCUUCCAUCCCCCAAAAAGUUUUUGAUUUGAGUUUCCACUGAAAUGAGGCUGCAUUUUAAUGUUUUAAUGUUGUAUUUUAAUCUUGUUUUUUAAGUUGUACAGUGGUACCUCAGGUUAAGUACUUAAUUCGUUCUGGAGGUCCGUACUUAACCUGAAACUGUUCUUAACCUGAAGCACCACUUUAGCUAAUGGGGCCUCCUGCUGCCGCUGUGCCGCGGGAGCACGAUUUCUGUUCUCAUCCUGAAGCAAAGUUCUUAACCCCAGGUAAUAUUUCUGGGUUAGCGGAGUCUGUAACCUGAAGCGUAUGUAACCUGAAGCGUAUGUAACCUGAAGCGUAUGUAACCUGAAGCGUAUGUAACCUGAAGCGUAUGUAACCUGAGGUACCACUAUAUUUCAAUCAGUUUGUUUUUAUAUCUGCUGUUAGCCGCCCUGAGCCUGGUCUUAGCUGGGGAGGGCGGGGUAUAAAUAAAAUUUAUACCUGUGGAAAACAAGCAAAGCUCCCAAAGCAUUUUUAUUGUUGUUAUUGUUGUUGCUGUUAUACCCCACCGAUCUGAAUGGGUUGCCCCAUCUCCCCUGGGCGGCUUCCAACAUAUAUAAAAACAGAAGGAAACAUUACACAUUAAAAUGUUCAGAAUGUCUCCCCAAAACCACCUCAGGCUCUCCCAUUGCAACCACUUGACCGUUUUUCCACCUUCCCUUCCAGGUCCUGCGGUGCUUUGGCUGCCAUGCCGGUCCUUAAGAACCCCUGCAAGCUCAAGAUGGCCAACGGCGACACCAGCGGCGGCUCGCUGAUCCUUGAGAAGGAAAGCCACCGGGGAACCAACCCUUUUGAGGAAGACCUUGAGGAGAACGAGAGAGACUCUUUCCUGGGCAGCGACUCCCCCGAGAGCAGGAACCCUUCCCCGGACGGCGGCAGCGGCACCUUCGAGCGGGGCCUUUUCAACGGCAGCCCCGAGGGGCGCUACAGGCGGCGGGCGACGCUGGAGAAGCUGGUGGGGCUCUCCCCCUUCCGCAUGGGCAAAGGGAAGAAGAGCGGCGAGAAGAAGUCCCCCGGGGAGAAGGGCUCGGACAGGAGGUCCUUUCUGGGACGCAUGAUGAUCCCCUUGACGGAGGGCAACCAGGGGACGCCGGAGAAGAGGAAGACCCGGCGCAGCUCCGAAGACUUCAGCCUGCUCCAGCUCCUCAACGGCCGCCGCAAGGAGAGCCUCUACGGUCUCGACUGCGGCCUGUCGGAGAAGGAGAACGGCGGUGGGGGAGACAAGCGCAUGUCUUUCCUCAAGAUCGGGCUGGGAGGGAAGGUGCGCAGGGCUUCGCUGGUGGAGAAGCUCAACCAGACCGAGGCGCCGGAUGCGGCCCCCGUCACAGAGGAGGCUGAGGUUAAGGUCAAGGAACCGCUCUCUGGUGAGUCUGUCAUUUUUGCCUUCUUCAGCAGCAGAGUUCCCCAGCCUUCAUGUUGGAGCUGUUGCGAAUAAUAAUAAUAAUAAUAAUAAUAAUAAUAAUAAUAAUUUAUUUGUACCCUGCCCAUCUGGCUGGGUCUCCCCAGCCACUCCGGGCGGCUUCUAACAAAAAUUAAAAAUACAUUAAAAUGUCACGCAUUAAAAACUUCCCUGAACAGGGCUGCCUUCAGGUGUCUUCUAAAUGUCAGGUACAGUGGUACAUCUGGUUACAUACUUACGAUAAUUCAUUUCGGAGGUCCGUUCUUAACCUGAAACUGUUCCUAACCUGAAGCACCACUUUAGCUAAUGGGGCCUCCCGCUGCCGCCACCGCACGAUUUCUGUUCUCAUCCUGAAGCAAAGUUCUUAACCCGAGGUAAUAUUUCUGGGUUAGCGGAGUCUGUAACCUGAAGCGCAUGUAACCUGAAGCGUAUGUAACCUGAGGUACCACUCUAGUUGUUUAUCUCUUUAACAUCUGAUGAGAGGGCGUUCCACAGGGUGGGUGCCACCACCAAGAAGGCCCUCUUCCUGGUUCCCUGUAGCUUUGCUUCUCGCAGUGAGGGAACUGCCAGAAGCCCCUCAGCGCUGGACCUCAACGUCCGGGCAGAACAAUGGGGGUGGAGACGCUCCUUCAGGUAUACUGGACCGAGGCCGUUUAGGGCUUUAAACAACACUUUGAAUUGUGCUUGGAAACAUACUGGGAGCCAAUGUAGGUCUUUCAGGACCGGUGUUAUGUGGUCUCGGCGGCCGCUCCCAGUCACCAGUCUAGCUGCCGCAUUCUGGAUUAGUUGUGUUGUUCUUGCUUCUAUACACAGUGGAACUUUGGCUGCUGAACGUUUCGGCUUUCGAACGUCGACAACCCAGAAUGCUUCUGUUUUCGAACGUGCCUUGGCUUAUUCAGUUUUUUCCUCCAUUGGUUCACCCCCUAGCUCUUCUGCAUUUUUCGAAGCCUUCUAAUGUUUAGUCGGAAUCUCCUUUCUCGUUGGGUCAUCGCCUCUGGAACAGCGGAAAAGGAGCUUUCUCCUUCUUCUAUGUGACAGCCUUUCACCUAUUUGAAAACGGCUGGCGUAUCCCCUUCACAAUGUACACUGUUCUGGAGAGAGCUGGUGUGUGCAGUGCUGUGCUGGACACUGUGCAAAGACAGGACACUGUGUAAGCCAGCUUCCUAUCUUCUGACGGGAUCAGCCUUGGCCCAGAACCUCACAGAAUCGACCCGGCCGUUUCUCAUCGAAAAGACUUUAAUGUUGAGCUGUUGAAAGUUGUGCCUUGGCAGCUGAUCUUUGGCUGUCUGCAAAGUCCUUCCCAAGGGGACUGGAAACAAGACCUGAUGGUUUUAUUUUUCCCCCCUCUUCACUCCAGGGCCAGCCUGUUUACUCAGGUUAUGGCUGGGGAGAAGCUAAUGAAGGGGUCUUUCUUUUUUUGCUUAUUUUUUGCUUUUUGUUCUCCCCGGCUCAUUGUUCCAGCCUGAUUGACCCUCCUGAUUGCAGGGGUAGAAAUGCAGCCCAUUGACCUUGCUGGAGAAUGUGCCCAGAGGGAAGGAAAAAGACUCCAAGAGCGCUUGGGAGAGAGCAGGGCAAAGGGGGGAAAUGAAUAUGCAGAACCAAUUCAACUUUGCUCCACAAGCCUGGAGAGAGCCUUCCUUCCUCUCCCAAAAUUUCAGCCGCCUGCCAAAGAUAGCCUCCAUCACCCUAGAUUGCAAGACUGAAAACAAACCCCCCUCUCCUUAUAAAACUGUGUCUCACGCCUCUGCUUGCUCGCUUGUCUGCCUGUCUGCCUUCUGCUGCUCCAGCACAGAAUCAUAGCAUUGUUGAGUUGGAAGGGACCACAAGGGUCAUCUAGUCCAACCCCCCGCAACGCAGAAAUCUUUUGCCCAACGUGACCUGCAAAACACCCAUUUCGAAGAACUGCGGUGCUCAGAAACCCCCCUCCAAAGCAUUCUUCUUAAUUAAAAAAACAACACCUAUAAAAUCAGUCAUUAAUUUGCCUUUAUAUCCCAACUUUUCCUCCAAUCAGCUGAAGGUGACACACAUGGUUCUCUCCUUAUUCACCCCAUCCCCACAACAACCUUGUGAGGGAGGCUAGGCAGAUAGGUAGGCUAGACUGCCUGCCCCACAAGCCUCAUGGCGAAGUGGGGAAUUCGAACCCAGGUCUUCCGGGUCCCAGCCUGACACUAUAACGAACCGCUGCACCACACUGGCUCUUGAAUGCAACCAGACGUGGCAAUUCGUAUUAUUUAUUUGUUAGUUCUUCAACUAAGGUCCCAGGAUGGGCUACAGCAAUUUAAUCACAGUACUGAAAACGUUUUAAAACAAGUGGCGCUGUGGUCUAAACCACAGAGCCUAGGGCUUGCUGAUCAGAAGGUCAGCGGUUCAAAUCCCUGCGACGGGGUGAGCUCCCGUUGCUCGGUCCCUGCUCCUGCCAACCUAGCAGUUCAAAAGCACAUCAGAGUGCAAGUAGAUAAAUAGGUACCGCUCCGGCGGGAAGGUAAACGGCGUUUGCGUGUGCUGCUCUGGUUUCGCCAGAAGCAGCUUAGUCAUGCUGGCCGCAUGACCCGGAAGCUGUAUGCCGGCUCCCUCGGCCAGUAAAGCGAGAUGAGCGCACAACCGCAGAGUCGUCUGGGGUACCUUUACCUUUACAGUCACAAAAGGCUCGUAAAAACAUACACCUUGGGCAGGGGUCAGCAAACUUUUUCAGCAGGUGGCCGGUCCACUGUCCCUCAGACCUUGGAGGGGGGGGCGGACUAAUUUUUUUUUGGGGGGGGAAUGAACGAAUUCCUAUGCCCCACAAAUAACCCAGACAUGCCUUUUAAAUAAAAGGACACAUUCUACUCAUGUAAAACAUGCUGAUUCCCGGACUGUCUGCAGGCUGGAUUUAGAAGGUGAUUGGGCCGCAUCCGGCCCCCGGGCCUUAGGUUGCCGACCCAUGACCUUGUGUAUCAAACGCCAGGGUGAACAGGUGUGCAAUGUCAGGUGUGCAAUGAAGGUUCAGGGAUGUCUCUGUGGGGAAGGAGUUCCACAGCUUAGGGGCUGCCCUAGAGAAAACUGUCUCCCGCUGGGCCACCCCACAAGCCUCUGAGGGUAGAGGAACUGCCAACUCUGGCCAUCUCAGCACCCAAGAGCAGGGCUGGCCCAAGAGGGGCGAACCACAAAAUGUUGUGCGCCCCCACAAUGGUGUGAGUGAAGAUCUACAUUGGGAACAAGGGCAGGAGGAAUCGUAGAACUGUAGAAUUGGAAGGGACGCCGAGAGUCCAACCCGUGGCAAGGCAGGAAUCUUUUGCCCAGUGUGGGGUUUGAACCCAUGGCCGCGAGAUUAAGAGUCUCAUGUCUACUGACUGAGCUGGGGGCGGUAGCCAUGGGCAUACGCGGGAUUUAUUUUUGGGGUGGCAGGCUUUAAGUUUGGGCGGCAGAACCGACUUACCUGAGAUGCAAUUGGUCAUUUAGUUAAGGAUUUUUGUUUAUUUACUUGAUUGGGGGGGGGCAGCUGCCCCUCUGCCAACCCCCAGCUAUGCCCAUGGCUGCAGCCCCUCUUUUCCGCCAAGGGGCUGCUGUAGAGGUGACAUGGGGGGCUGCCAAAGAGGCAACAAAACUGGCCUCCUAGGGGCAGACUGCCCCGGGCAAUGAAUUCCUGGCCGUCCCUCUACAUCCUGCCACCUGAGGCCAUCGCCUCGCCUUGCCUCUUGGGUGGGUCGGCCCUGCCUGAGAGGGUCUGCAGGGAAGGAGGCUGGUUUUCAGGUCCUCAGAGCCUGGGUCCCCAACGUGAGCACCUCGAAUUGGGCCCUGAAACGACUUGGCAACCCUCUCCGCUGUUGCAAAACGGGGGUUUUUAUGGCUGAACGGAAGCGGCUCAAUUUUGCCCAGGUUGCCCAGCACCAGGGGGCUUCCAUCCCACCCCGACGGGCAGGGGUCAAGCUUGUGUGUCUGUAUCCGUGCGUCUGCCAUCCCAUGCGGGGAAGAUCUUGAGUCCUGGCAGCCGUUCUGCCCAGGGCGGUGGGAGGCUGCUAUAUAAAUACACAGCGGAGGCAGCUAACGGAAGCAAUAAGUUAAACAACAUGUUUCUGGGGCUGGGAGAGGUGAGGACUGCGGCCGGGAGCCAGUUCUGUCACCCUCUGUCCCCGCCAUGGGGCUGCACGCACCGCUGCAACAAGAAGAGGCAGCACCCAGAGCCGAGGCUGAUGGGGUGCCCCCCAUCCUCAGACACUCCCCGCCCCUCGGCCUGUGGAGCUGUGAGCUUACGGGUGGGGAGCAAACCGUGACCCAUAAGAUGUCCUUGGGGCUCCCAGCUCUCAUCGGGGUCGGUCAAGCAGGCCCAGGUCAUUUAGGACGAUGGAGGUUGUGGUCCAGUGGCUCCCAAAGGUUUUUUUGGGGGGCCCCCCACCCGCUUGGUUCCAUGAACUUGUCCCCCCCCAUUGCCCGCUAUCCUACCCAAUAAAAAAGCAUUAUUUGGAAGAGCAGUUUGCAUGGCCUGCUAAGGAAUACUGUAGCGCACUCAGAUUCAAAACGAGUGGCAACUGCCGUAUUUUUCGCUCCAUAAAAUGCACCUGACUAUAAGACGCACCUGGUUUUUAGAGGAGGAAAACAAGAAAAAAAAUAUUCUGAACGAAACAGUGGAUGUAUGAUUUUUGUGGUUCAUGCUGUGGCCACAGACACGUGAUUUGACGGUGAGUUUGGGGUAGCUCAAUGCAAAAAUCCACGUGGAUCUGUGCUUUGUAACCACGUUUUUGCGCCAUUGCGGCCCCAGGCAACAGUGGGUACGUGGUUUUUUUGGUGCAGGCUGUAGCCAUGGACAUGCUAUGUGAUCUGAUGGUGAAUUUGGGGUGACCCAAUGUAAAAAUCCUGAGGAUCCAUGCGCUUUUACCUCCCCCCUCCCAGGCAGCCUCCGCUAGCCUCCCUUAUUUCUCUUCAGAUCCCACCGAUCAGCUGUUUCCUUUCUACACUCCCUUCCCUCUUGUUUGCCUUAGUGUCUUUUCCUUAGCUGGAGCAGUUUUUUGCUCCUCCUUUUCUUCUAAUUUCUCUGCUCCUUGCUUUAGCCUUCCUGUCUCCUCUCCUUGCAAGUUCGCUGUCUUUACCUCCCCCGCUCCCAGGCAGCCUCCUUUAUUGCUAGAGUCCCUUAUCUCCUUCCCCGAUCGCUUGCCGAUUAGCGGCUUUGUUUCAACACCCACUUCCCUCUUUCCAAAAAAAAGAGCAUGAUCUGUUUUUUGCCCCUGGGCAAUUGGGCUCCAGGGACCACGCAUUUGCUCCACAAGAUGCACAGACAUUUCCCCUUACUUUUUAGGAAGAAAAAAGUGUGUCUUGUAGAGUGAAAAAGACGGUAAUUGCACAUUUAUACAGAGCCCCGUUAAAACUCUUCAGUUGAAUUAAUUUCUGCAAAACAGAUGAACUUGAUCCAGAGCUUUUCAAAGCCUGGCCAUCCUUUGCACCUCCAGUGCCCAUCCUGUCACCGCUUUCCCUCUUGAUAUCCCACCUUUGCCUCCCAAAGGGUGGUUCCUGCCCCCUUUCAACCCCCACUACGACCCUGUGAGGUAGGUUAGGCUGAGAGGGCGACUGGCCACUGGAGCUUCAUGGUUGAGUGGUGAUUCGAACCCUAGUCUCGCAGGUCCUAGUCUGACACUAAUCCAGGGGUCGGCAAGGUUUACCGGCCACGGGCCGGAUCACUCCCACGGAGAUCGUCCGUGGGCCGGACUGGCGCAGCACAAUGCCAGAAAUCGCGUCUGCGCAUGUCCGCGGUGCCAGAAAUCGCUUCUGCGCAUGCCCAGACGCCGAAAAUCAUGCCUGCGCAGAAGCGAUUUUCGGCAUCUGGACAUGCGCAGACAAGAUUUCUGGUAUCUGCUCAUGCGCAGAUGCGAUUUCAGGCGCCGCUCAGCGUGUCGCUGCACCGUGCUGUGCUGGUUUAGCGCAGCAUGCGGGGGACUUGCCGAAUGGGCGACUUGGUUUGGGGGUGGCUCGUGGGCCGGUAAAACGGUUUUCGUGGGCUGCAUCCGGCCCAUAGGCCGAACGUUGCCAACCCCUGCUCUAACCCAUGGGUAGGCAAACUAAGGCACGGGGGCCGGAUGCGGCCCAAUCAUCUUCUAAAUCUAGCCUACGAACGGUCCGGGAAUCAGCGUGUUUUUACAUGAGUAGAAUGUAUCCUUUUAUCCUUCUGGCGGUUCCCUCAUUGCGAGAAGUGAGGUUACAGGGAACCAGACAGAGGGCCUUCUCGGUAGUGGCGCCCGCCCUGUGGAAUGCCCUCCCUUUAGAUGAGAAGGAAAUAAGCAGCUAUCCUAUCUUUAAAAGACAUCUGAAGGCAGCCCUGUUCAGGGAAGUUUUUAAUAUUUAACACUGUACUGUUUUUAACACUUGUUUGGGAACCGCCCAGAGUGGCUGGGGAAACUCAGCCAGAUGGGCGGGGUAUAAAUAAAUUAUUAUUAUUAUUAUUAUUAUUAUUAUUAUUAUUAUUAUUAUUAUUUUAUAUUUAAAAUGCAUUUCUGGGUUAUUUGUGUGGCAUAGGAAUUGAUUCACUUUUCCCCCUUCAAAAUAUAGUCCGGCCCACCACAUGGUCUGAGGAACGCUGGACCGGCCCCCUGCUGGAAAAGUUUGCUGACCCCUGCUCUAACCACUAAACUGUGCUGGCUCUCCAUCCAUCUAGUCAAGUUCCCUACAGGGUCUCAUGCUAUGUGAGAUUCUUUGAAGUGGAGUUGAGAGGGGUUGACUCUACACGCAAAGCACCUACUCUGUCACUGUGCUGUGGUGUCUCCCAUCAUCCGCCAAGGAUGGGUCGCUGGUGGGGUGUACAGGGUCUUAUUUAUUUAUCUGUUUAUUUGUUUGUUUAUUACACCACCCUUCAUUAGACCACCGUUCAGUCUCAGGGUGGUUCACAACAUUAAAAUAAAAGAUUAAGAAAACCACACAAAAUACAUAAAAAAGAACAAAAAUGUAAGCUCCCCACUCACUCCCACAACACAUUUAAAAGGGUAUCACAUGCCAAUCAGUCAAAGGCCUGGUUGAAGAGGAAUGUUUUUGCCUGGCACCUAAAGGUGUAUAAUGAAGGCACCAGGCAAACUUCCCUGGGGAGAGCAUUCCACAGAUGGGGAGCCACCGCAGAAAAGGCCCCGUUCUUGUGUUGCUACCCUCUGGACCCCACGUGGAGAAGACACACAAAGAAGGGCCUCAGGAGAUGAUUUCAGGGUCCGGGUAGAUUUAUAUGGAAAGAGGCGGUCCUUGAGGUAUUGCGGUCCUGAGCCGUUUAAGGCUUUAUAGAUCAAAACCAGCACUUUGAAUUGGGCCCGGAAACUAAUUGGUAGCCCGUGCAACACCGUCUUGCCCCGGUGAGCAACCUAGCUGCCAAAUUCUGCCCCAGCUGGAGUUUCCAAACUGCCUUAAGAGGCGGCCUCACGUAUAACAUGAUGCAGGAUGUCUCAGGUCGCGACCCAUGCGUCUUGUGACAUUGUUUCUCGCACCAGAGAUUAAACACAAGACAAAAGGCAUCGGGGUUUACAAGCCAGGAAGCGCAGAUUCCAAGCAAGCCUGAUCACCUUUUAAAUAUUAGCCCCUGGCUAAUGCAGGAAUGUGGGUUAGGAAGGGGACAGGAGCUGGGAAAUGAUGGAAAACCUUGUGACUUGGAACAUGGAACAAGGGUGCAUUGUCUGUGUGCAGAGUCAACAUGGGAUCACCAGAGAUAAUAGCAUUAGUGACGGCAACCCCAAAAUCCAGCCGUCGUUUCAGUCUGUGUGUGGGCAGACAUUAUCUCCUUGCAAGGUCACACCCAGAGUUUUUGUGAAGUGUCGUCAGACGCAUAGCCAGACCAGAUCACUUCCCAGGUUGCUCCAAGACCCUUUUUGGUCUGAGGUUGGGGGCAUCGUGCAGCUGUCUGAAACCAAAACCCUUCACCUAUUGCGCUGGUCCCCAAAGGUUUUCAUUAGACCACCGUUCCAUUGGUUCCACGAAGUCGUUCCCAGUGCCCCUGACUCGGCCCUAUAAAAAGCAUCCUAGCACUUUGCACCGUCCACUAAGGAAGAUAAUAACAUAAUAAAACGCAAAACAGCCAACAAUGAAUUGCACAUCUAUUCAAAAUAAAAGGAAAGCUUGUUGUUUAGUCGUUUAGUCGUGUCCGACUCUUCGUGACCCCCUGGACCAGAGCACGCCAGGCACUCCUAUCUUCCACUGCCUCCUGCACUUUGGUCAAACUUAUGCUGGUAGCUUUGAGAACACUAUCCAACCAUCUCUUCCUCUGUUGUCCUCUUCUCCUUGUGCCCUCCAUCUUUCCCAACAUCAGGGUCUUUUCCAGGGAGUCUUCUCUUCUCAUGAGGUGGCCAAAGUCUUGGAGCCUCAGCUUCAUGAUCUGUCCUUCCAGUGAGCACUCAGGGCUGAUUUCCUUCAGAAUGGAGAGGUUUUACCUUCUCGCAGUCCACGGGACUCUCAAGAGUCUCCUCCAGCACCAGAAUUCAAAAGCAUCCAUUCUUCGGGGAUUAGCCUUCUUUAUGGUCCAGCUCUCACUUCCAUACAUCACUACUGGGAAAACCAGAGCUUUAACUUGUUGGCAAGGUGAUGUCUCUGCUUUUUAAGAUGCUGUCUAGGUUUGUCAUUGCUUUUCUCCCAAGAAGCAGGCGUCUUUUAAUUUCGUGACUGCUGUCACCAUCUGCAGUGCCAAAGGAAAACUAGUUAAAUUAAUUUGCCCAAAUUGUUGAACUUGAUCCAGAGAUACCAGCUUUUCAAAGUCUGAUAGUCAUUACCCCUGUCAGUGCCCCCCUGAUGUCCACUUGACCCUUAUCACGCCGCCUAGUUAAUCCUGCUGCCCCCCAAGAGGGAAAUACCACCUGCUUUGAGAACCACUGACCUAUUCAAACCAUAGCUUGGGCAGGACACAGAGCACCAGUGGGCUGGCAGAGGGUGAAGGUUAAUGCCACCUUUCUUGCCCUCUUCCUUGCAUCCCAGAGGGGCACCCCUUGAGCAUGCCAACUACGAGGCUCCAGGCUCAUCACCCUGGUGAUCCUUGGCAGGCAGAGAGGUGAGGGCCAGUGCGGUACAAUGGUUAGUGUCAGACCAGGAAGUGGGAGACCAGGGUUCAAAUCUCCACGCAGCCAUGGGACCUUGGGGAGCCAGCCACUGCCUCUCAUCCUACCCUACCUUGCAAGGUUGUUGUGGCAGCUAAAUGAGCAAGGGGAGAACCAUGUGCAGACCACCUUGAAGGAAAAGGUGGGAUAUAAAUGCAAUAUACAACAAACAAACCUCCAGUCUGUUACAUACACCCCUGGACACACUUAGUUUUUGGUUUUUUGAAAUCGUUUUUAUUUGAUUUUACAAAUAUAAAUUUGUAAUGCAUAUCCAUAUACAGUGGAACCUCGGUUUUCGAGUGUCUCGGAAGCCGAACAUUUCAGAAUCUGAAUGCCGGAAGUAAUUGCUUCCGUUUUCGAACGCGCCUCGGAAGUUGAAUAGCUUCUGCGGUGUGUUUUUCCAUUUUCACCACUGAAAUUGCUGGCAGCCCUUUGUGCCGAGGUAUAGAGAUUACUCUGAAUCUUGAGACUUCCAUGGGUCAACAUUUACAACUGCAUAAUAUUCCAUAUUCUAUGUUUUAAAUCAAUCCGUAUUAUCCAUAGUAUUUGUUACAUUAGUGGAAGCGAAAGCCUUGAAAAAGGUCAAUAUGGAGGUCAAAUGGCCGAAAUAUUGGGAAAUUUUGGAACAAGACGGAGAUAGACUGAAAUUGCAGAGUUUUGAAAAACUAAAAAACAAAGUGCGAGACUGGCUUCAUUAUUAUCAAAUAAUGGAGGUAUUUAAAUUGGACAGGAAAAUUGGCUUCCAGGUGGAAAGAUCCAAAUUAGAAACAGAAUUGUUAGAACCCAAUACUAAGAAUUUGUCAAGAAUGUAUAACCUGCUGCUGAAAUGGAAUACUCAAGAUGAAACGGUAAAAUCGGCUAUGAUUAAAUGGGCACAGGACGUUGGUCAUAACAUUAUGUUUGCUGACUGGGAACAGUUAUGAACCACAGGUAUGAAAUUUACGGCAUGUAAUGCCUUAAGAGAGAAUAUUAUGAAAAUGAUAUACAGGUGGUACAUAACCCCAGUCAAGCUUGCGAAAAUCUAUCACUUGCCCGAUAACAAAUGUUGGAAAUGUAAAGAAAUUGAAGGUACAUUUUUCACCUUUGGUGGACGUGCCCAAAGAUUAAGGCUUUCUGGGAAAUGAUAUAUAAUGAAUUAAAAAGGUAUUUAAGUAUACCUUCCCCAAGAAACCAGAGGCCUUUCUCCUGGGCAUAGUAGGCCAAAUGGUGUUAAAAAGGAUAGAACUUUCUUUAUGUAUGCAACAACAGCAGCAAGAAUACUCAUCGCAAAGUAUUGGAAGACACAAGAACUUCCCACGCUGGAGGAAUGGCAGAUGAAACUUAUGGACUAUAUGGAAUUGGCGGAAAUGACUGGUAGAAUCCGUGACCAGGGAGAAGAGUCGAUGGAGGAAGACUGGAAGAAAUUCAAAGACUUUCUUCAGAAACACUGCAAAAUUAAGGAAUGUUAGAGUGAUGUUGGAUGAAAACAAGUGGUUUCCAGCUGUACAGGUUAAAGUUAAGGAUAGAUUAAGAUUAAAGAUCAAGAUUAAAGAUGUUUAAAGAAAUGGAAAUUUGAUAAUAAAAGGGAAAAAUUUAAAGCUAUAUGACAUUAAGAUCAAGGAUUAGGUUUAAAAAAGUUGAAGUUAUAUAUCUUAACGUUUUAUUAAAUUAAAGAUUGAGAUUAAAAAGUGGAAAAGAAACUGCUGGACAAAUAAUGUGGAUUGGAAUACAAAAGAGGGAGGUAUGAGGAAGUCCAGAAAAUAAGUAAUUUAAAAUUGGAAAUGGAAAAGAGAGUUUGUUUUUAAUUGUUAUGUUUUGUGUUUUUAUUGUUAAGUUAGGUAUUGCUUUUUGUGUGUGUUGUUUUUCUUUUUUGUUUGUUUAAAACCUUAAUAAAAAAAAUUAUUUGUUACAUUAGAAGUGGGUUUCAAAUCCUGCUAAUAUUUCCAAAGGACGUUCGCAAACCGGAACACUCACUUCCGGGUUUGCGGCGUCCGGGAGCCAAAACGUUUGACUCGCAAGGCGUUCGGCUUCCAAGGUACGACUAUAUGCCAUAGCUGUCAACUUUCCCUUUUUCUUGCGAGGAAUCCUAUUCGGAAUAAGGGAAUUUCCCUUUAAAAAAGGGAAAGGUUGACAGCUAUGCUGUACACAGGUGGCGCUGUGGGUUAAACCACAGAGCCUAGGGCUUGCCGAUCAGAAGGUCGGCGGUUUGAAUCCCCGCGACGGGGUGAGCUCCCGUUGCUCAGUCCCUGCUCCUGCCAACCUAGCAGUUUGAAAGCACGUCAAAGUGCAAGUAGAUAAAUAGGUACCACUCCAGCAGGAAGGUAAACAGCGUUUCUGUGCGCUGCUCUGGUUCGCCAGAAGCAGCUUAGUUAUGCUGGCCACAUGAUCUGGAAGCUGUACGCCGGCUCCCUUGGCCAGUAAAGCGAGAUGAGCGCCGCAACCCCAGAGUCGUUCGUGACUGGACCUAAUGGUCAGGGGUCCCUUUACCUUUACCUUUUUAUGCUGUACGUUGAAAUGGCUCCUAGACACAAUUUUGGAUCUCUUUUUCCUCCUUGUGCUCCAGUUCUGGAAAUCCUGAACCUGAUCCACAAAAGGGAUCUCCUGGUUGCCGACGAGCACAUCAUCGAACUGGAGGCUGAGUGUGAGCAGGAUGGGCAGCAGAGCACGGAGGGCAGCGAGGUCCGGAAAUCCGGGAGCCGGAAAGCCAAGGAUGUGGCGCUGCUGUAUGAGGCCUUGCAGAAGGAGCUCUGGGCCGUCCUGGCUGAGUCUCUGGCCAGCAAGAGCUCCUGCCCGGCCCUGGAGCUCGUGGUGCGAGUGAUCAAGCAGGAGGAGGACACCGACCGCAAGUGGCUGGCGGCUCAAGGGGACCGGGCAGGCGGUUGCGGACCCCGGCCACGGGCCAUGAAGGAGCAGUGGGCCGAGGCAGUGCGCCAGCUGGUCGGAGAGCGGCUGCGCCAGUGCACCGAGGGCAGGGUCCUCCCCGUGGCCACCCAGAUGGACCGCUUGGCCAAGUGCGCCCUGGAGGACCUGUGCACCGUCAAGUUCCACCUCUUGCACGCCUACCCCAAGGAAUACGAGGCCUUCGGGGUCUACCUGUGCAGCUUCCACCAGGGACUCGCCAGGUGCCUUGCCGAGGCAGUCCAGAAGAAGCUGAGCAUCUCAGACCUCUACUUCGUCCUGGAUUGGAGCAGCAACAUCUACCAGAGGUAAAAAGGCAGGGACGGAUCCGGAGCGGUCUGCAUGCCCUCCAACAUUUUUCUAUAAUAUUAUUAUUAUAUAUAUAAGAGAAUAUAUAAUAUUCUAUAAUAUUAUUAUUCUAUUAUUCUAUAAUAAUAUUAAUAAUAAUGUUAUUAUGUAUACCCUGCCCAUCUGACUGGGUUACCCCAGUGUCUGGGUGGCUUCCAACAUACAGUGGUACCUCAGGUUACAGACGCUUCAGGUUACAGACUCCGCUAACCCAGAAACAGUACCUCAGGUUAAGAAUUUUGCUUCAGGAUGAGAACAGAAAUCGUGCUCUGACGGCGCGGCGGCAGCAGGAGGCCCCAUUAGCUAAAGUGGUACCUCAGGUUAAGAACAGUUUCAGGUUAAGGACGGACCUCUGGAAUGAAUUAAGCACCUAACCCGAGUUACCACUGUAUAUAAAAAUAUAAUUAAACACUGAACUUUUUAAUAAAAAAAAAUCAUCCCUAUACAGUGGUACCUCAGGUUAAGAACUUAAUUCAUUCUGGAGGUCCGUUCUUAACCUGAAACUGUUCUUAACUUGAGGUACCACUUUAGCUAAUGGGGCCUCCUGCUGUCGCUGCACGAUUUCUGUUCUCACCCUGAAGCAAAGUUCUUAAUCCGAGGUACUAUUUCUGGGUUAGCGGAGUCUUUAACCUGAAGCGUCUGUAACCCGAGGUACCACUGUACAGGGCUGCCUUCAAAUGUCUUCUAAAGGUUGUAUAGUUACUUAUCUCCGUGACUUGGGGAUCACAUAACUCCAGACCCUCCAAGUUUCUCCGAUGAAAAUAGGGACGUCCUAGGGAAAAGAGGGGACGCGGGUGGCGCUCUGGAUUAAACCACAGAGCCUAGGGUUUGCCGAUCAGAAGGUCGGCAGUUCGAAUCCCUGCGACGGGGUGAGCUCUCGUUGCUCGGUCCCUGCUCCUGCCAACCUAGCAGUUCGAAAGCACGUCAAAGUGCAAGUAGAUAAAUAGGUACCGUUCCAGUGGGAAGGUAAACGGCGUUUCCGUGCACUGCUCUUGUUCGCCAGGAGCGGCUUAAUAAUAAAUUAUUAUUAUUAUUAUUAUUAUUAUUAUUAUUAUUAUUAUUUGUACCCCACCCAUCUGGCUGGGUUUCCCCAGCCACUCUGGGCAGCUUCCACAAAGACCAAAAAUACACUAAUAUGUCAUACAUUAAAAUCUUCCCUGAACAGGGCUGCCUUCACAUGUCUUCUAAAAGUCUGAUGGCUGUUUAUUUCCUUGACAUCUGGUGGGAGGGCGUUCCACAGGGCGGGCGGGCACCACCACCGAGAAGGCCCUCUGCCUGGUUCCCUGUAACUUCACUUCUCGCAGUGAGGGAACCGCCAGAAGGCCCUCGGCGCUGGAUCUCAGUGUCCAGGCUGAGUGAUGGGGGUGGAGACGCUCCUUCAGGUAUACUGGGCCUUUGAGGCCAUUUAGGGCUUUAAAGGUCAGCGCCAACACUUUGAAUUGUGCUUGGAAAUGUACAUUUUCCUGCACUGGAGGGGGCUGGACUAGAUGAUCCUUAGGGUCCCCUCCACCUCUAGGAUUCUAUUAUUCCCUUGCCCCCUUCCAUUUAUAGGCAUGUUUUACCAAGCACUGAUCCUCACAGAGCCAAAAUGACCCCAUCCACCCAGGCUCUAGGAAGUCAGACGUUUGUUCUGACCGGGUUUUGUUCUUAUUUUUGUUUGUAAUAAACAAGGUAGUUCAGAUAUGUGACUAAUACUUAACACACAGCCUGUCCCUUUGAUGAAACACCCUUGAUUAAGGGCUUUGAACACCAAAGUCAAAGUUAAUCCCGCAGCUGAUUUUGGAGGUUAGAGGUCAGCCCAGGGAUGUAUGAAGUCAUAACAGAGCAACCCCUGAGCAUGUCCAGAGUGACUCCUGCUCACUACAAGCUUUGCUCCAGACGCGUCUGACUCCAGCCAGCCCUGGCUGCGAGGCUGUCACAGUCUUGCCUUUGUGCACAGACAGUAGGGAGGUUGUGAGCGAAAAUUAUUAAUUAUUAUUAAUAUCCCAGCUUCCCUCCAGAUUGGGGAUCAAGGCAGCUUACACAAAUUAAAACAGCUGAGAUAAAAUAUAAGAAGCUAAUAUUGUAUAAAAGACCAUCAUUAAAGAGUCAUUAAACUCUAAUAGAAUUGAAACAAUAUUUGAAAAUAGAUGUAUUUGAAUACAGAUAGUAAAAGCAGCAGAACGCUAUGUAAACGUCCUUUCCUUAAAAAGCAAUCAGAUCCCUAAGGCCUAUCAGAACAAAGUCGUCUUUAGUAGGGCUGGGCGAUAUCUGGUUUUCAGCAUCAUCAUAUAUCACCAGCUAAACAUUGUGAUAUACCGAUAUGCUGUGAAGUCUGAAAUGAGGAUGGAGCUAUGUAGAGGCAUUGGCUGGCUUCAUGGUUUUCCCCACAUUGCAAUUGUUGCACACACACACACACACACACACACCAUGAUUUUCAAUAUAUCGCCAGAACAAAAAUUAUGAAACCGUUAUCAGAAUUCGCCAGCUAGACUGGUGACUGGGAGCAGCUGCCGAGACCACAUAACACCGGUCCUGAAAGACCUACAUUGGCUCCCAGUAUGUUUCCGAGCACAAUUCAAAGUGUUGGUGCUGACCUUUAAAGCCCUAAACGGCCUCAGCCCAGUAUACCUGAAGGAGUGUCUCCACCCCCAUCGUUCUGCCUGGACACUGAGGUCCAGCUCCGAGGGCCUUCUGCCGGUUCCCUCAUUGCGAGAAGCAAAGCUACAGGGAACCAGGCAGAGGGCCUUCUCGGUGGUGGCUCCCGCCCUGUGGAACGCUCUCCCAUCAAAUGUCAAAGAGAAGAACAACUACCAGACUUUUAGAAGACAUCUGAAGGCAGCCCUGUUUACGGAAGCUUUUAAUGUUUGAUGCAUUACUGUACAGUGAUACCUCGGGUUACAUACGCUUUAGGUUACAGACUUCGCUAACCCAGAAACAGUACCUGGGGUUAAGAACUUUGCUUCAGGAUGAGAACAGAAAUCGUGCUCCAGCGGUGCGGCGGCAGCGGGAGGCCCCAUUAGCUAAAGUGGUGUUUCAGGUUAAGAACAGUUUCAGGUUAAGAACGGACCUCCAGAAUGAAUUAAGUUCUUAACCAGAGGUACCACUGUAUUUUAAUAUUUUGUUGGAAGCCGCCCAGAGUGGCUGGGAAAGCCCAGCCAGAUGGGCGGGGUAUAAAUAAUAAAGUAUUAUUAUUAUUAUUAUUAUUAUUAUUAUUAUUAUUAUUACCACCACAAUAUUGACUUCAAACUGGAUGAUAUAUCAAUAUAUCUUCACCUGCCAGUGGAAGCACAACAAGGAGGAGUCCAAUCUGGCUUCACUAAUAAGGGAGUUCCAAAAUUGUCUGGCAGGAGCCACCACCGACAAAGCCCUCUCCUGCUGCCCCAUAAAGCGUCCAUGUGAGGGCAUUUUUUUGGUCGGUGUGUGCGAUGUACUUUGCAUCCCUCUGGAAGACAUCCUGCUUCUCACUCCCGCUCUCUUUCUCUCCGCCGCACAGAGAAGUUCUUGGCCGAGCAGAAAUCUCCUCCCUGGUCAAGAGCCAGGAGCUGGGCCCGCUGCUGUCCCCCGAGACCCAACUGAGCCUGGAAGAGGACCUCAUUGCUGCUGUGAAGGUAAACGGUGAAUCGCAAAAGGGUGAUGGGGAAGCAGCUUUCCGUUGCGGCUGCGCUGGGCCCGGGGGUAACCCGUGAAACGUGGUCCAGGACUGGUCCAGAAUCCGAAGGUUCUGCUGGGAGUCAGUCCCACAGGGCCAAGGCAGGAAACCAGGCAAGGACAGGUGCAGGAUCUAGUAUACAGCAAUGUUGCUCCCACAACCUGGGGUGGGGUCCGACAGCCUUUCAUCUUUGUCGGUCCUGAUCCCCCAGCGACUCACCUCCCUGUCUCGCCCAAAGGCAAGCACUCCUCCUGUGAGUACUCAGGUCUCUCCUCCUCUCAGACCUCAGUCUCUGCAGCUCGGGAGACGUCGGUGGGUUACUAGACCCAGAGGCCGCCUCAGCCUCCCCUGACCCAACCGGUAGUGGAGCAGCUGUAAGUGAUGGCCCAGCUGGAGGCAACGAGGUCAUCCACACAUCUGGAGCCAGGGUGGGCUCAGGCCCCGGACUCGGCCCAGCUGGUGCUUGUUGCAGGGGAACCUGUGCCGACUGGGACUCUUCAGGAUCAGGCCCCAGACUUGGUUCAGAUGAUGCCUGAGGCAAAGGAUCCGGUGCAGACUGGGACUCCUCUGGUUCUGAGUCCGAGUCCGAGUCCCAGGCCAUCACGGCGGCUAAUGAGGACGUAAGAAGUCCUUUCCGCAGGAGGCGAGGGCGGCCACCAAGCUAAAUGGGUUUAAAAGAGGGAUUGGGCAAAUUCAUGGCAGAGAGGGCCAGUUGGAGACAUCAAUGCUUUUGAAUGUCAGGGUCUGGGAGCCAGAGGAGGGGAGACGGGCCUUGCUUGCAGAUUUCCCAUAAUGGGCAUCUGGUUGGCCACUGUGAGAACAGGAUGCUGGACCAGAAGGACCACAGGCCUCAUCCUGCAGGGCUCUUUUUAGGUUCUUAGGGUGGCAGGCAUGUAGACAAGCCGCUGAUUUUGCCCGUUCUCUCCCUGUUGUGCACCUUUCCUUGCUUGUUCGUAGGCGAAGAUCACCGAGGACAUGAGCCAAGAGCUUCAGAAGGAGGAAGAGAGGUGGGCGCAAGACGACGCAGGCGACGGCUUCCAGUUCGGCCUGUCUGGCAAAGUCAUACUGGUAGGUGGGAGACUUGGCCACCCAAAGGAGCCAGCGGCUUUGCCUGUUGGACUUCUGCCUGCAUGCUUCGCUCUCCCUCUCGCUCUUCCUUCACGUCUGCAUGGAGCUUCAGCCAUUUACACUUACUGGCCACAGUUUGGCAAGGCGGCAAUUUGUUUAUUACGGUCCAUAGGCAGGAUUCUGGAUCUAUCCCAGCCCUGCCCGGAAAUCCCAGGGGUUGACCAGGUGUUCUGUCCCUGAGCCAUGUCUCUUCCUAUGGAAUUUCCCUUAAAAACCCAGACUGGAUUCUCACUCAUUCCUGUGACUUCUGACUUGGGAGAAUCAGAGGCAAACAAACCCAUUUUGGAGAUUCGCUGGUGUUGCCAAGUGUGGUGCCAGCUAGCCAAUUCCUCACCCUUCCAGUCUCACCCCCUGGAACAAUGAACCGUCAAGUGCUUGGAGCUAGCCGCCCCGUUCCCUUGUGAUACUGAGUUCCUGGGUUUGCAUACAUGCAGGUGUUUUUGCCAGUGUGCAUUCUCAAUGUCACCAGGAGAGAAGGGCUGGACCACCUAGAAUCAUAGGAUCAAAGAGUUGUAAGGGACCUCAAGGAUCACUUAGUGAGCCCACUGUGGGAUGUGAAACACAAGAGCAGUCAAGUACAACAUCCCUAGAGUGGACAUAAAAGGGGAUCUCUGGACCAGCCAGUCGGAACUUCCUGUUUCUCCUGUCUGGGACAGACUUCCUCUGCAUGUGACUAGAGGUGGCCGUGACCUUACCUGUGCAGGUAACAAAAGCAUAGGACUGGUCAGCCAUCUCUCUCUCUCUGACUACUUUUGUUGAAGAAGCAACAUCUGCUUAGCCAAAGAUGCUUCCAGCCAAGAAAGGACAAAGGGACUGUCUCCUUAUGAGAUAGUUUCCAGGUGUACUUUACUCUUCCAAGCUAAGUCUGCCUUCUGGGAUCCAACUGUGAACAGAAUGUGAGUGAGUAAACCCUUUUAAUACAUUUAUAAAAGACUGUAUUGUGUCUUAUCUUUUUAUGAGGGACUAGGGAGCCAGCGUGGUAUAGUGGUUAAGAGCAGUGGACUCGUAAUCUGGUGAACCGGGUUCGUGUCCCCGCUCCUCCACAUGCAGCUGCUGGGUGACCUUGGGCCAGUCACACUUCUCUGAAGUCUCUCAGCCCCACUCACCUCACAGAGUGUUUGUUGUGGGGGAGGAAGGGAAAGGAGAAUGUUAGCUGCUUUGAGACUCCUUAAAGGUAAAGGUAAAGGUACCCCUGCCCGUACGGGCCAGUCUUGACAGACUCUAGGGUUGUGCGCUCAUCUCACUCUAUAGACCGGGAGCCAGCGCUGUCUGCAGACACUUCCGGGUCACGUGGCCAGCGUGACGAAGCUGCUCUGGUGAGCCAGAGCCGCACACGGAAACACUGUUUACCUUUCCGCUAGUAAGCAGUCCCUAUUUAUCUACUUGCACCCGGGGGUGCUUUCGAACUGCUAGGUUGGCAGGCGCUGGGACCGAGCAACGGGAGCGCACCCCGCCGGGGGGAUUCGAACCGCUGACCAUGCGAUCGGCAAGUCCUAGGCGCUGAGGUUUUACCCACAGCGCCACCCGCGUCCCAAACUCCUUAGGGUAGUGAUAAAGCGGGAUAUCAAAUUCAAACUCUUCUAAAUGGGGAAUUACCUUUAAAAUUUAUUUAGAGGCUUUAGUGAGCCUGAGCAAACACAUCCGCUGUGCAAACUUUAAAAGGGGGAAUGUUACUCUGCUAAAUUGUAUAAUAAAACAAUAUAGCUUCUCCUGCAUCCCUGAACGUUCCCACACCCACUGCAAUGCAGGAAUCACAGCUGAAGAGUCCCUGGCGGGUGACCACCCAACCUCUGCUUAAGAACCUCCAAACCUUUUGAAGUGAUCCGUUCCACUGUCAAAUGGCUUUUACCACCAGAAAGUUCUUCAUGACAUUUAGUUGGCACCUCCAUUUGAAUCCACUGGUUCAGGUCCUGCCCACUGGAUUAGCAGAAUCCGACCCUGCACAGCCCUUCAGAUGUUUGAAGGCCAUCUACUCUUCUCCAUGUUGAACAUACCCAGCUCCCAAGGCUUGGCUUCCAGUCCCUUGAUCUUGUUGGUUGCCCUCUUCUGCACACCUUUCAGCUUGUUCGUACCCUUCUUAAACCGGGAACUGGGCACAGGACUCCAGUACUUCCUCUUAUGAAAGACUUCAUCCCUGCCUACUCUUGCCUGUUCCUUCCCUGCUUCAUCUUUGCUGAGAUGUUCCCUCUCCUGGGACUGAAGAGUGGCUGGCUGGGAGUCCUUUGCGGCUGGGCAGGGUGCAUAGCUGUCAACUUUCAGAUUUGAAAAGAAGGGAUCAGCAGCCUCACCUGCCCCGGGGACAGUCUACGGGAUAUUUUAACAAUCUGGGAUAGACUUCCGGUUGGCUGCACAAUUAAUGGCGGACGGGAGCUCUUUCGGAUGAAAGAGCCCCAGCGCCUUGAAGUUCGGGGUGACCGCGAGAGCGUCGCAGAACCCCCAAAAAACCUCAGAUCGAGCGUUCUGAGGACCUGGUGUUCUGGCAGGUACCCUUUGCGAUAUAUACGAUAUAUACGGGAUAUCUAGCAAUCCGGGAUAGCAGCGGGAAACAGCACUGGAAUAAGGGAAUAUCCCGCAAAAAAGGGAAUGUUGACAGCUAUGGCAGCGUGGCUCUCCAAAGGCACCCAUCUCUUGAUUUUCUCACAGGCCUUUUCUCCCUCUCUACAGGUGCUGAAGGCUCACGUAGACAAAGCGCCCCAGAUCACAGAAGAUUUUGGAAGGAGGAUGGCACAUUGCUGCCUGAGCUGCUUGGCAGACUUCCUGCAGAGGUAGUUCCCUUCUGAAAGACGGGCGAGGGCGACACCGGGAAAAGAAAACCAAGCUCUUCUUUUCACUGCGGGUUCGGUGGGGAAGCAGCGCGUGGUCUAGAGCAUUGAUAGAAGCCUUGCUUUUAAUAAUUAAUAAUAAUAAUAAUAAUAAUAAUUUAUUUAUAUCCUGCCCUCCCCAGCCGAAACCAGGCUCAGAGCAGCUAACAACAAUAAAAGUAACACAGCAUUCUAAAAUCAAUUCAUUUUAAAAUCAAUUCAAAAUCAAACUAAAUUAAUGGCAACCAUUGGGCUAGAGUUCUGUGAGGAUUACCAAAGGAGGGGGUCAGACUGUGCCUUGGCCAAAGGCCUGGUGGAAUUUUAAAUUAUAUAUAUAUUAUAAUAUAAUAUAUAUAUUUUAAUUUGAACUGCCGACCUUCUGAUCGGCAAGCCCUAGGCUCUUUGAAAUGAAUGAACCUGACUCAGGUGCCUUCAUUCCAAUGGGUCUUAGUUGUUGUUGUUGUUCUUAACUCCCUGCCCCUCACUGUAAGGUUCCAGAGCAGGCUGCAACGUUAAAACACAAUAUGGGGCUUCGCUGCAGCUGACGACAGAGCAGAGGCUUAGCAUGCAAGAUCCAGCCCUCCCGUCUCAGUCAAAAGGGUCUCAGGUCACAUGGGGCCCUGGAGAGGACAAGACGGACAGAGAAACAGUGUGGGGUAACAGUUAAAAGUGUUGGACUGGGACCUGUGAGACCCGGGUUCGAAUCACCACUCAGCCAUGAAGCUCAGGGGGUGAUAGUCACUGCCUCUUAGCCAAACCUACCUCCCAGGGCUGGGAAUGUGGGAUGUGGGAAUAAAUGGGGAGCAGGGAGAACCAUGCAUGGAGCUCCUUGGAUAGGAAAUAAAUACAGUGGUACCUUGGGUUACAGAUGCUUCAGGUUACAGGUGCUUCAGGUUACAGACUCCGCAAACCCAGAAAUGGUACCUCAGGUUAAGAACUUUGCUUCAGGGUGAGAACAGAAAUCGUGCUCCAGCGGCGCAGUGGCAGCAGGAGGCCCCAUUAGCUAAAGUGGUACCUCAGGUUAAGAACAGUUUCAGGUUAAGAACGGACCUCCGGAACGAAUUAAGUUCUUGACCCGAGGUACCACUGUAAACAACAUUACAGUACUGCAAUGCAGUAUUAAACACAAUAUUCAGAUGCAAUUCGGUAUAUCGUCAAAUAUACUGCAUGCUUCUAGAGAUCCAGGGGGAGGGAGCUGAACCCCAAAUAAUAGCCCUUCUAUCCUGCCCUUCCUCCAACGGAACAUAACCCGGUCCUUCCCUCUCUCUUUUUUCAUUGCAACAAUCCUGCGAGGUAGGCCAGUCUGAGACUUGCAGUCUGCGCCACUUGCAAGGCAGUGGGUGUCCUGCAGAAGGCAGCAAUGGCGGCGGCAAAGCAUGUUGUGGCACAGGGCCGAGGAAUAAGCUGCGCAGGCGAGGGUUGCAAAAAAAACCCCUUGUUUUCCCGCCGGCCUGGGGAGGAGGGAAUCGUCCCAAGGAAACCAAAGCCUGCCCUGAACUGCUCUCGCCGCAACCGCUUUCCGUGUGGGUGGCACGUAGGAGGCAGCCGGGGUGGAGUAGCGGGUUUAGGAACACCCACCGGACGGUGGCAGCCGAAUGGCAUGCCGUUUCCAUUUCAAACUGGCCACCGAGGACCAGGGUCAUCCCGGGGUAUAAAUAGCCGCUCCGUAAGGAAAUGCCAGCAAGAUGGAGCCAGAGGACAAAGCCCCCCCCCCGCCCCCGGUGGAGUCAGCCAGGGAUGGAAAUCCAAAGCUAUUCUUAGCAGGUCUGCUUCCUGGUGCGCCUGUUUCAGAAAGCUGGGUGUGUGUCGUUGUUUGUCUGAAUGGGAUGUUCGUGUCCUCUGGGGACCCGAAAACCCAAGGAAGACCAGAGGUUCACCGUGGGGCUGCUACCCCGGUUAACAGUGGGAUGAUGGGGGCUUGGAAGAGCCACCUACUGGUUUUAGCAGCGUCCAGUGAGCUUCCUGGCCUUGGCGGGAUUUGAACCCCGAUCUCCCAGGUCCAACCAUGACAGAUGGUUGUGGGAAGAUGCCGUGAGGCACGGCGGGUGCUUUUGAGCAGGACUUCUUUGCACCACCUGAAUUUCACUCUGCCUUUUCUCUCCCUCUUUGCGCCCCCCCCCCCCCAGUUUUCAGAGGAAGGUCGAAAGGUUCCACGAGGGGCAGAUUGAGACCCCCCUCACUGCCGACGCCUUAAUGGACCGGACCAUCAUGCUCAUCAAUCACUGCCCACCUUUUAGGUAAGAGACGGACUCUCAUUCUUUUUCCUUUCUCCUCCUGUGAUGAGGCUGCAUUUUAAUAUUUUAAUAUUUCAAUAUUUUAAUGUUGUAUUUUAAUCUUGUUUUUAAGUUGUAUUCAUUCAACUUGUUUUUAUUAUUGCUUGUUAGCCGCCCUGAGCCCGGCCUUGGCUGGGGAGGGCGGGGUAUAAAUAAAAAUUAUUAUUAUUCCCCCUUUAAGCCUCGAGUGCCAGGGGAAAACCAGAGAAGCUGAAAGUUCAACCCCUUCUCCUCUGGCCCCCACAAUCGCUGCAAAUUCUCCUGUCCCCCCACAACCAUGUCCUAACCUGUUGUGUAUCGGCCUGAACUUGGACCCUCUCCGCUUGCACAACGACAUUGAAAAGCUCACCCCCACUUUCACUUCACCCCUAUUUGGGUUGUAUUGGGUACUCAUUUGUUUUUACGGGACCGCCUCUCCUGGUCUGCCCCGCAGAGGACCUUAAGGUCCAUGAAUAAUCAUAGUUUAGAGGUCCCGGGCCCUAAGGAAGUCAGACUAUCCUCCACCAGGGACAGGGCCUUCUCAGUGACGGCUCCGACCUGCUGGAAUGCUCUGUCCCAGGAGACCAGGGCCCUGCAGGAUUUAACUUCCUUCCGCCAGGCCUGUAAGACAGAGCUAUUCCACCUGGCUUUCAACUUGAACUUAGCCUGAUCUUUUAUUCCCCUUCCUUCCCUCCCCCUUUUAUGAAGAUUACCCGCUCUGGGAUCCCACAGCUAAUUUUUCCCUUGGUCUCCUCGCUGGCCCAAAUAGGACUAAUUUAGCCAGCUAGCCCUGGUGAUCAUCUAAUGUUUAUUGGAUGGAUUUCCCCCCAAAUUGAUUUUUGAAUUCUGAAUUUAUUGUUAUUCACGUUUUAUACUGUAUUUUAUGCUGUUUUUUGUUGCAUCGAUUAAGUGUUUGAAAUUUGUUGUUAGCCGCCCUGAGCCCGGUUUUUGAACUGGGAAGGGCGGGGCAUAAAUAAUAAUUAUUAUUAUUAUUUUCUCGGAUCUGAGAGCUUUGCUCCUUUUGCGGCAAUCCAAUCCUACCCACUGAAUUGAAGCUUGGUCAAGCAAAAUCUCUCUCUGGAUUUUCCACACGCUUCUCCGCCUGUGCCUCCUCUCCAUGGCGAGAAUGUACCGUAUUUUUCGCUUCAUAAGACACACUUUUUUCCUCCUAAAAAGUAAGGGGAAAUGUCUGUGCGUCUUAUGGAGCGAAUGUGUGGUCCCUGGAGCUGAAUUGUCCAGGGGCAAAAAGCAGAUCAUGGCUUUUUUUUUUGAAAGAGGGAAGUGAGUGUUGAAACAAAGCCGCUAAUCGUUUGCCGAUCAGGGAGAGAGAUAAGGGACUCUAGAGAUAAAGGAGGCUUCCUGGGAGGGGGGGCGAUAAAGACAGCAAACUUGCAAGGAGAGGAGACAGGAAGACUAAAGCAAUGAGGAGAGAAAUUAGAAGAAAAGAGGAGCAAAAAACUGUUCCAGCUAAGGAAAAGACACUAAGAGGGAAGGGAGUGUUGAAAGGAACCAGCUGAUCAGUGGGAUCGGAAGAGAGAUAAGGGUCACCCCAAAUUCACCAUCAGAUCACAUAGCAUGUCCAUGGCUAUAGCCUGCACCAAAAAAAUCACGCACCCACUGUUCCGUGGGGCCGCAAUGGUGCAAAAACAUGGUUACAAAGCACGGAUCCACAUGGAUUCUCAGGAUUUUUGCAUUGGGCUACCCCAAACUCACCGUCAAAUCACAUGUCUGUGGCCACAGCAUGAACCACAAAAAUCACACAUCCACUGUUUCGUUCAGAAUAUUUUUUUUCUUGUUUUCCUCCUCUAAAAACUAGGUGCGUCUUAUGGUCAGGUGCGUCUUAUGGAGCGAAAAAUACGGUAGGCCCUGUGUUCUGCCCCGCUGACCAGAAUCUCUCCCGCAGGGAUUACGUGGAGCGAUUGGCGAGGUUCGGCCACCCUGAGAGCGAGGCAGUGAGGUGCCAGGCCAACGCCUCCCUUGACAGAGUGACUCGACUGUGCAACAGGGUCUUGGCUGACCACCUCUUUCAAAACCUCAAGGUAUUGAUUUUGGAGAAGACGUCCCCAGAGGGAUGUUAGUGGGAGCAGACUGAGGGAGGGAGAAAUCGAUCUAACAUGAUCUCAUCCAACAUGAUCUCGGAGUGGGUGAGGAAUACCGGGGAGAAACUAACACAUGGUUAAUCUGUGGAACUCACUGCUGCAGGAAGCUGUGAUUUGCCCCACUGAAGACGGCUUUAUUUAUUUAUUUAUUUUUAAUUUUUUAUUAGUUUUUUAACAUAUCAUUUUCAACAAUAAUUCAACAUACUUUUAUAUCUUAUACAGUUUUUUUUUACUUCCAUCAAUCACAUCUGAAAAUUUUUCCAAUCUAUUCACUUAAGUUACAUUUCUUGCUUUCACUCUUGCAUUUAAACUCAUAACUAAUAUCUCUAGUCUUUCUCUACUUUGUAACACUUCAUAUAUUUCUCCUUACAAAACUUCUUGUAGUCCUGCUAGCGUAAUUUGUUGAUUACAGCUGCUCUUCAAAUAGUUCGUAUAUUUCUUCCAAUCUUCUGUAAAUCUCUGGUCUCACAGGUUUCAAAUCCUUCCUGGCAUUUUAUCCAAUUCUGCGUAGCCCAUUAAUUUUAUCUGCCAUUCUUCUUUCGUCAGAAUCUCUUCUUGCUUCCAUUUCUGGGCUAACAAUACUCUUGCCGCUAUUGUUGCAUAUAAAAACAAUUUAACAUCUUGCCUGUUAAUAUCCUCACCUAUAAUACCAAGUAAAAAUGCUUCUGGUUUUUUUGAAAAAUGUAUAUUUCAACAUCUUUUUCACCUCAUUAUAUAUCAUUUCCCAUGAGUUUUUGACUUUCUUACAUUCCCACCACAUAUGGUAAAACGUUCCUUCUUUUUCUUUACAUUUCCAACAUUUGUUAUUUGUCUUAUGCAUUCUAGCUAAUUUUACGGGUGUAAUAUACCAUCUAUACAUCAUUUUCAUAAUGUUCUCUUUCAAGGCAUUAAAAGGUAAAGGGUAAAGGGACCUCUGACUGUUAGGUCCAGUCGUGGCCGACUCUGGGGUUGCGGCGCUCAUCUCGCUUUAUUGGCCGAGGGAGCCGGCGUACAGCUUCCGGGUCAUGUGGCCAGCAUGACUAAGCUGCUUCUGGCGAACCAGAGCAGUGCACGGAAACGCCAUUUACCUUCCCGCCGGAGCGGUACCUAUUUAUCUACUUGCACUGGCGUGCUUUCGAACUGCUAGGUUGGCAAGAGCAGGGACCGAGCAACGGGAACUCACCCCGGCAUGGGAAUUCGAACCGCCGACCUUCUGAUCGGCAAAUCCUAGUCUCUGUGGUUUAACCCACAGCACCACCCACGUUCAAGGCAUUACAAGCUGUUAAUUUUAUUCUUUCUUUCCACAAUCUUUCCCAAUCAUUUCUCAUUCCUCCUUUUUCCCUCCUCUGCCCCAUGCAGCCCCACUUCCAAAAGCUGAUGAAAAGGAAGUGGCUCAGCAACUCGGAGGCCUUCUCCACCAUCAUGGACACCCUGGAAGAACACGCCCGGAAGCUGAGGAAGAUGAAGACGGAGCCGUACCAGGUGAGCGGCCUCCCAGGAAGGCAAAUGGCCCGGCCUCCAAGCCAUUGCUGCUGUGAUAAGAAUUUUAAGGUCUUAGAUAUAUAAUAAAUGUUCAUACGUGUACCAACCAAGCAUGUUGGUACAUUUACCAGCACAGAAAGACCAACCUGAAACCAUUUUGAUUCCCAAACUGACCAAAUGUUUGGCUAUUUCUGCAUAUUCCAUUACCUUCUGUCGCCAUUCUUCUACUGUUUGUAUUUGCUGUUGUUUUCAGACCAGUAUUAUCAUCUAUACUUUUCAGAUAUACACAUUUCACUGGUUUCGCAGUCAUUAUGACAUUUCAAAACUGGACUUCCUUCCCCCUCUUUCUGCGGUUCCUUAAAUUUAUUUUUAAUACCUCCUGCAUGUCCAAAUUCACUUAACUUACUGAUGUAUUUAUCUUCUUUAAAUAGAUACUCUUAUGCAGGUUAUUGCAAUUAUCCUCCCAGUGCGUUUAUCUGUUUACAGUUUAUCUGUAAAUGUUCCAUAAACCAUUUCCACUCUUUUAUAAAAAGUUUGUUAUCUUGAUUUCUUAUCCUUCCGGUAAGUUUCGCCAUUUCUGCCUACAGUGGUACCUCUGGUUACAUACUUAAUUCGUUCCGGAGGUCCGUUCUUAACCUGAAACUGUUCUUAACCUGAAGCACCACUUUAGCUAAUGGGGCCUCCCACUGCAGCCGCACAAUUUCUGUUCUCAUCCUGAAGCAAAGUUCUUAACCCGAGGUAUUAUUUCUGGGUUAGCGGAGUCUGUAACCUGAAGCGUAUGUAACCUGAAGCGUAUGUAACCUGAGGCACCACUGUAGGUUUUUGUAUCCAUUCUUCCUCCUUUGCUGGGGCUUCCUUUUCUUUCCAAUUUUUGGGCAAAUACCGUUCUUGCCCCUGUAGCUGCAUACGUGAAUAAGUUUCUGUGCAAUUUAGGCAGCUGCUUCCUUGUCUCUCGCCAGAUGUUCCUGAAGGAUGUGCACCGCCGGGUGCUUAUCGAGUACGUCCGGCCCCUGAUGCGAGUGCGGUUUGUCUGCACAACCUCCAAGAUGAGGACCAAGAUGGCAAACAAGCUGCGGCAAGAAGCCAAGCAGUUGGAGGAGUUCUUCAGCCAGCUGGUGAGGACCGGGGGUGUGGGGUGAGGUGUGGGCCCCCCUGCCACCAAAGCGGGGCUGGCGGUGGGAGAGGGCAGGUGAAGAGGAGGAAAGUAGCGCCCCUGGACCUGCCUCUAGCCCAGGCGUAAAAACCAAUAGAAAAAAGACAGUCAUGGAAUUACGAAAUUGCACAAAACAAAUGAAAUACAGUGGUACCUCGGGUUAAGUACUUAAUUCGUUACGGAGGUCCGUUCUUAACCUGAAACUUUUCUUUUUUUUUUUUUAAAUGAUAUUUAUUAAAAUUUCAGAAAAAAAGAAUUACACAAAAACAAGAAGUAAGAAUACAAGAAAAAUACAAAAUACAAAGUACAGAAUAAAAGAAUAAAAAACACUUAAAGAAGAAAAAAAGAAAAAUAGAUCAAUUUUUCCAUACCUUACAUUCAUAUCUUUGUUUCCCUGACCUCCUCAUACCUCCCUUUUUUGUAUUCCAGUUCAGUUAGUUAAUUCAGCAAUUUCUUUCCCUCUUUAUUUUCUCAUGAUCCUUUAACUUAAUAUACUAUGACUUUAAAUUUUCACCUGUUAUCAAUCCUUUUUUACAUGCACCUUUAUAGCAUUACUGCUUAAACCACCUAACUUCAUUCCAACAUCAUUCUAACAUUCAUUAAUUUUGCAAUAUUUCUGUAAAUAGUCUUUAAAUUUCUUCCAAUCUUCUUCCACCGACUCUUCUCCCUGGUCUCGGAUUCUGUCAGUCAUUUCCACCAAUUCCAUGUAGUCCAUCACCUUCAUCUGCCAUUCUUCCAGAGUAGGUAGGUCUUGUGUCUUCCAAUACUUUGCAAUAAGUAUUCUUGCUGCUGUUGUGGCAUACAUAAAGCAAGUUCUGUCCUUCUUUAACACCAGUUGGCCGACUAUGCCCAGGAGAAAGGCCUCUGGUUUCUUCAAGAAGGUAUAUUUAAAUACCUUUUUCAAUUCAUUAUAAAUCAUCUCCCAGAAAGCCUUAAUCCUUGGGCACGUCCACCGAAGGUGAAAGAAUGUACCUUCAGUUUCCUUACAUUUCCAACAUUUAUUAUCGGGCAAAUGAUAAAAUUUUGCAAGCUUGACUGGGGUCAUGUACCACCUGUAUAUCAUUUUCAUAAUAUUCUCUCUUAAGGCAUUGCAUGCCGUAAACUUCAUACCUGUGGUUCAUAACUGUUCCCAGUCAGCCAUCAUUAUGUUAUGUCCAACAUCUUGUGCCCAUUUAAUCAUAGCAGAUUUCACCGUUUCAUCCUGAGUAUUCCAUUUCAGCAGCAAGUUAUACAUUCUUGACAAAUUCUUAGUUUUGGGUUCUAACAGUUCUGUUUCUAAUUUUGAUUUUUCCACCUGGAAGCCAAUUUUCUUAUCCAAAUUGUAUGCCUCCAUUAUCUGAUAAUAAUGAAUUCGUUUGCUUCUCCUUCAACUCAAUCAUAGACAAUAUUGACCUGUGGUCUUCAAGUUGUUUGUGUAUUGGUGGUAUCUUCUCUUCUACAACAGUUGCUGUAGCAGUUGCUAUUUCCUUUGCCUCUUCAGCUGUCUUUUGUGUCGAGGUAGAUUCCUGUAGUAAUUUCUGAAUAGUUUCUGUGUUGGUAUUUACCUUCUGUCCCAAAUUAUUAAUACUUGUUUACUUAUUCUUUCCAAAGAUUCAUUGAUUUUACCUAGUGCCUGAGCCAAAGCAUCUUCAGCUGCCAUUCCUUUGGGUUUAGGUUGUGCCGAUGAGGCUACUGUUGGUAAUCCAGAAGGGCCAGAUGUCGAUGCUCUUCGCUGCAGCCCACCGUCUGUGCGAAAUAGUCUGCCAGACCUCGUUGUUUUUUCCUGUAACAAAUCUAUCUUCUCCUUUCCAUCUGCCAUAGCCCUCAAGAUAAAACCCAAGGUCAGUCUCACGAUCAGAAUUUGUUUUGAAGUGGAAAAUUCCCCUGGCCCAGCUGCUAUUGUAACAACUUCAAACUUCCUCUAGGGGGACACAGUAGCAGUCAAAAAGUCUUAGAGUAAUUAACCUUUUACCUUUAGCCCCCCAAUUCACAAAAAGGGUGACAGUUUCAAUCUCAAUUGUUUACAGUUACUUUAAAACCAGGAGAAGCCAGCCAGAAAUAUUGUAUCUUACUUGUAUCUCAGAUUCAGAGUUAACUGUCAUAAAGUACUUUCAGCAGCAGCGCAUUUCACAAUACGGCAUUCUAACUGUUCACUGGCAACCCGUUCCCAGGUUUGAGCGGUGGAUUUUAGCUUCUUUUUCUCUCUUUUUGCAGGGAAAUACAGUUCAGACCUUCCCCCCCUCCUCCCCUGCAAUCAAGGGGGGAAAUCAACUUAAUUUGAUGUUAGAAUUAUAAUCCUUUUCCAACGUCUUUCGAGGUUUCCGCUUACAAGUUCAUUGCUUUACUCCAUUUACAAAGAACGGAAGGCAGACUUCCUGUUUAUGCCUCUCCGCUUCGGUACCAAAUUAUUUCUUAGUUCCUUUGUUUCCGAAAUUAGCCUACUCACGGAUCGUUGUUUUGCAACCAAAUUGUCCCAGGAAAAAGGCAGCGCUCUCCAGUAACGGCUGUGCGGCUUCGCUCCACGGAAGAAGCAAUUGACUCACAGCACCGCGCCACUUCCCCGCUCCGCUCCGGAACCCGUAAUCGGGCUCCUUUGCAAGUUGGGGGGGCGCGAAAGGUGCCCGCCGAGUCCCACAGUCACAGGCUUCACCCGCCUGUGAUUUUUGAAGGGUCCCCGCUUCGCCGUAGCGGUGCAGACCCGAUUUCCGCAGAGCAGGUUCCCUCCAAGUCAGAGGGAAUCCGCCAUUACCGAUGGCGCCACCCCGGAAGUCUCGAAACUGUUCUUAACAUGAAGCACCACUUUAGCUAAUGGGGCCUCCCGCUGCCGCCGUGCCACCAUAGCAUGAUUUCUGUUCUCAUCCUGAAGCAAAGUUCUUAACCCGAGGUACUAUUUCUGGGUUAGCGGAGUCUGUAACCUGAAGCGUAUGUAACCUGAAGCUUAUGUAACCCCAGGUACCACUGUACCGUGAAAAUCCCUAAGACGAGAAGUAAUCGACUAGAAAUAUUACCUUGUGGAAAUAAUAAUAAAAAUCAAAAAGCUUAAGGAAAAAAAUAGAGAAACCUAAAAUAGAACAAAGCCUUAACGGGAUGCCGGCUACAAACCUCAUUUCACUGAACUAUUCAGUUUCCCCAGAAAGAAAUAGAAAAUCAUAAACUUUAAAUGACCAAAGUUCAAAAUUGUAGGUUUUUCUGAUUUUUUCCUUAAGCUUUUUGAUUUUUAUUAUUAUUUCCACAAGAUAAUAUUUCUACUCAAUUACUUCUCGUUUCAGGGAUUUUCACGCUAAUUUCAUUUGUUUUGUGAAAUUUCUAGCCCAGGGGUAGGCAACUUAAGGCCCAGGGGCCGGAUGCGGCCCAAUCACAUUCUAAAUCCAGCCCACGGACGGUCUGGGAAUCAGUGUGUUUUUACAUGAGUAGAAUGUGUCCUUUUAUUUAAAAUGCAUCUCUGGGUUAUUUGUGGAGCAUAGGAAUUCGUUCAUUUUUUCCCCUUCAAAAUAUAGUCCAGCCCCCCACCGCCCCCACGGUCUGAGGGACCGUGAACUGGCCCCCUGCUGAGAAAGUUUGCUGACCCCUGCUCUAGCCAUUGCUUUAUUGCUUUUUAUUUUUAGAAGUAGAUCAAACAGAUUGAUACAAUAAAGAGAACAGAAUCACAAAAAAGGAGAAGUAUGUCUGCUAGAUACUUAAAUCCAGUCAGCAGAGACCAUUAAAAGGUAAAGGGACCCUUGACCAUUAGGUCCAGUCGUGGCCGACUCUGGGGUUGCGGCGCUCAUCUAGCUUUACUGGCCGAGGGAGCCGGCAUACAGCUUCUGGGUCAUGUGGCCAGCAUGACUAAGCCGCUUCUGGCGAAGCAGAGCAGCGCAUGGAAACGCCAUUUACCUUCCCACCGGAGCGGUACCUAUUUAUCUACUUGCACUUUGACGUGCUUUCGAACUGCUAGGUUGGCAGGAGCAGGGACUGAGCAACGGGAGCUCACCCCGUCAUUGCGGGGAUUCGAACCGCCGACCUUCUGAUCGGCAAGUCCUAGGCUCUGUGGUUUAACCCACAGCGCCCGACGGGGCCUUAUCUCCCUUGUCUGACCAGUUCAGCAGUGGGAUCCUCCAUUAGAUUUUAACCCUUGCUGGGUCCAGGACCCCAGAGAUUAGCAGGGCAUCCUGCAGACUGACACCCCAUCACCAAAAAUUCACAGCAGUGUGAUAAAACGCCAUAAUUAUAUUAUUAUUUUUUUGGAGGGGGGGUUUCUCUGAACUUUUGGCAACACUUAAUUUCCGAGUUGUUUUUUCACCUACUGCUAAAACGCCUUGCAUUCUUCUACCAAAGCGAAAGUCCUGUUGAAUAGUUGGAUUUCAUCAGGCACCCACACAGGGGUGCCGAAAACCGAGCUUUCUUCCAUGUCCUUUACCUCCAGUCACCCCCAGCACCAGGGCAUUGUUUACCAGAGUUGUUUUUCUUGUUGUUCUAGGAGGAGGAGCCGUGGUAGUAAUUAUAUCCCCUUCUCUGAGAAUCAUUCAAGGCAGCUUGCUGCAAAAAUAGAAGCAGUGUUUUGUUUUGUUUUUUUAAAAAAGGUGCAAUCAAAAACAAAAGCAGUAAAAAUAUCAUGCCCUCAAAGGGCCGUGGCUCAGUUGGCAGAGUCUAUUCCGCAUGCAGGAGGUCCCAGAUAAUAAUAGUAAUAGUAAUAAUAAUAAUAAUAAUAAUAAUAAUAAUAAUAAUAAUAAUUUUAUUUAUAUCCUGCCCUCCCGGGCCAAAGCUGGGCUCAGAGCGGCUAACAACAAGUCAAAAUAGCACAGUGUAUAUAAAAUCACACAGUCAGAUAAUUAAAAUACAUUAUAAAAUCAAUUCAGAAUCAAAUGAAUGGCAACCAUUGGGCUAGAGUUCAAUGAGGAUUACAGAAGGAGGGGGUCAGACAGUGCCUUGGCCAAAGGCCUGGUGGAACAGCUCCGUCUUGCAGGCCCUGCGGAAAGAUGUCAAGUCCCGCAAGGCCCUAGUCUCUUGUGACAGAGCGUUCCACCAGAUCGGGGCCACUGCCGAAAAAGCCCUGGCUCUGGUUGAGGCCAGCCUAACCUCCCUGUGGCCUGGGACCUCCAAGAUGUUUUUGUUUGAAGACCGUAAGGUCCUCCGUGGGACAUACCAGGAGAAGCGGUCCCGUAGGUACGAGGGUCCUAGGCCAUUGUAAUAAAUGUAGGGGUUGCUCGUGCGUAAGUUGGUGCCACUCCUGGCUAGGUUGCCUUGUUAAACCUUUUCUGUCUGGACAGCCCCUGCACUUUGUGGCUGUUCAGUCGCUAGCAGAAUCCGUCAGUGGGCGUUUCUUAAACCUUCUCCAGCAUAAAAGUUGUUUGACUCCAAGUCUCCUCCUACUCUCCCUGCGUGGAAGUCUUCUGCGCAGGGAGGGCGUGGGUAGCGGAGGACCCGUGCUCUCCUCACUGAUCUCCGGUGAGGAGUCCUGGAGCCCCCUCGCCGAUUCCCCCAUCUGCCCCCCUUUAUCCCUCGUGUUACGCUGAUUUCUUUCCCCAGCUGGUGAGCCGCCUCUCCCCCUGCUGGGCCCCUCUCCAGCAUCGCUCGAGAGCCUCGCCUCCGCCUCUGGCUCCGAUGUCAGUUCCCUGACAGCCAUAUAGGGCUUUAAAGGUUAAAACCAGCACCUUGAACCUGAUCCUGUACUCCACCGGGAGCCAGUGCAGCUGGUAUAGCACUGGAUGAAUGUGAUCCCAUGGCAAGGGAUCCCAUCCCCGACAGCAUCACCAGGAACCCUGCCUGAAGCCCUGGCUGCCAGCCCAGACCAUCCUGAGCUAGAUGGACCCAGUGGUCUGACUCAGUAUAAAGCAGAGGUAUUAAGCAGAGGUUGGAUGGCCAUCCGUCAUGGAUGCUUUAGCUGAGAUUCCUGCAUUGCAAGGGGUUGGACUAGAUGACUCUUGGCGCCCCUUCCAAUUCUACAAUUCCAUGGCAGCAGAUUCCUUUGUUCCUGAAACUUAAAACCAGCAGUCCCAAGAGCAACAUUCACAAAGUGUCAUGGCGGUUGUCAGGAGCAGGUCACCAUUAAAUCACAUGGAGCAAGCCAAUUCUUUAUUUAUCCUGGUCGGCUCAGGAGCACAGCAACUCUUCUCGGAAGGUCUUGCCCCUACAAGGCAGUUGUGGAGGCUAAAGAUCCACGCCUUCCCACAGCUCUAAGUCUCCUCCUCCACCUAGUCCUUCCCCAGCAAUCUGAGACUAUGCCAAUGUGCCUGUAUCUGUCCUCUCUCUUCAUACCUCUUUGGGUCCUGGGAGACCAGAGGGGAGGGGAGCCUGUCGCAGCAGGAGGGGGAGACUCCCUGGCUUCUUCCCCAGUCUGCCUUCACUCUGCCUCUUGGACCAUCUCCUCUCCAGCCUCCUCUUCUGCCUCUGAGUCUAGACUGCUCUCCGCCACAGCCUCUUCCCGCUCACCAAACCUUGCUACCCUUUCAGCUUCCAGCAUCUCCUCCCCCUGGUCUGCUCCUCCUUCUCCCUCUGACCACAUCCCACCACCCCUGGCUCUGAGCUUUCUUCCCUAGGGGGUUCCCCCCCCCCAAUCCUCUGCACCCGGCCAGUCAUGACACAAAGGCAACUUGAAAUCAGCCGAAUUUCUGAAAUCCCUUUAAAAUGGUAGAAUGAUUGGCAUUAAAAGCCGGUUGGAAGAAAAACGUUUUCGGUGGUGCUCUACGAACAGCUCUGAAAGUUCUUCCUGGUGUUUAGCUUGAAUCUCCUUUCUUGUAACUGGAAGCCACGGGUUCGAGUCCUGCCCUUGAGAGCACAAUGUGGCAGCCAUCUUUAAAUAUCUGAAAGGUUGUCACAUGGAGCAAGCUUGGGUUGGAAUGGAUGACCCCCGGGUCCCUUCCAGCUAUGAUUCUAUGAAAAAGAUGGAUGGCUGAGGGUGCAAAGAUUAUUAUCUUCUCUUCCUGAAGCUGAGUUACAGGUGCCAACUAAUAUACCCUCGAAAGGUCAGGAAGGACGUGCUAUUGCAGGUGCCAGCACAGAGGAGGCUCAUAGGGGGAUGUUGGGUCAAACAAAAUAAGAUCAAAUCAUUAUUAUCACAGUCCGUGACAUCACAAUGUAAAGCGAAACAAAUUUUGUUGUUGUUGUUUAGUCGUGCCCGCUUCUUCGUGACCCCCUGGACCAGAGCACGCCAGGCACUCCUGUCUUCCACUGCCUCCCGCAGUUUGGUCAAACUCAUGCUGGUAGCUUCGAGAACACUGUCCCACCAUCUCGUCCUCUGUCAUCCCCUUCUCCUUGUGCCCUCCAUCUUUCCCAGCAUCAGGGUCUUUUCCAGGGAGUCUUCUCUUCUCCUGAGGUGGCCAAAGUAUUCAGCCUCAGCUUCAGGAUCUGUCCUUCCAGUGAGCACUCAGGGCUGAUUUCCUUCAGAAUGGAGAGGUUUGAUCUUCUUGCAGUCCAUGGGACUCUCAAGAGUCUCCUCCAGCACCAGAAUUCAAAAGCAUCCAUUCUUCGGCGAUCAGCCUUCUUUAUGGAAACAAAAUUAAAGAAGCAUAAAACACAAUAGGGGAUUCUGGGUGUGGUUUGCCAGCUGCUGAGAGCCAGUGAUGGCUGUGUGGUUAGGACCUGGGAGGGACCUGGGUUCAAAUCCUCCACUCGAGCACGAGGCUCACUGGGUGUGACCCAUAGCAGGGAGUUCCAAAGGUCAGUUCUGAUUUUAUUUUGUUUUUCUCCAAAAAAAAGUCAUUUCCUGGUGUUUGUUUUGCAGAAGCAGUUCAUAAACUCUCCUGUCUCCUUGAGUCGGAAGGGGUUAUCUAUAAUUAACUCCCGUCCCUACUUUAAGGCUGCCGCUGUCCCUUGCUUGACCGUCUCCUGUCUCCCUCCCCUUCCACGCAGGAAUCCACCUCAUCCUGGCUGGACAAGGUUGUUCCACACCUGGCAGAGAUCAUUGAGCUGGAAAACAUCGCUGCCAUCCAACUGCAAGUGGGCUUCCUCGCAAGAGAUUUUCCCGAUGUGCAGUGAGUUCCCGCACUCAUUUUUUGUGGGGGUGGAGAGGCCAAACCUUCCUUAAUUGCAGGGGGGGGGUGUUGUACCCAUCAACAUUUGUAGCAGAACAUUUCCCUGAUCUGAAGGCCAGGAAAAAAACAAAACAGGCAGCAUCUCGUGAGAAUGUAACAUGGACAGCAGAACUUAACAAGAGGUUGUCUGGGUUUGCCGAGUGCAUAGGAAGACAUUGACCCAGGACACGCCGGCUGCAAAAAAAAUAAAUGGUGAAUUGCAUGCCAGGAAUCAUUAGGAAAUGAAUUGAAAAUAUAAGUUCUGAAAUCAUAAAUGCCAUUAAUGCAAAUUACGGUGCAAUGUGUGCUGUUCUAGUUGCCUCCCCCCCAAAAGAGAUACUGUAGAGCUGGAAAAAGGUUCACAAAGGGCCACCAAAAUGAUCGAGGGGAUGGAGAAAGGUUGCAGCCUCUGGGACUUAGAAAAGAGGCGACGUGAUAGAAGCUUAUAAUCAAUCAAUCAGUCAAUCAAUCAAUCAAUCUUUAUUAUGAAGGCGCCCUAAAGACGCUAAAGCAAAGAUUAUGGGAUAAUACACACAGUGACUUGCGAUCUCGAUCAUACACAGUCUGUAGUCUGUUGGCAAUAGGAGUACAAUAUGGGCAUGUCUUUAAGUUAACACCUUACAUUAAAAACCAGUACCAAAUUAUCGAAGGUUAUUCACCAAAGCCAGACUAAACUUCCUUCUGCAGUGUUGGAUGGCAGGUUGAGAGGAGUUCCCUACCAAGACAGACUUUGCUCGUGUGCUCAAGACAUCGAUUCCAUAAAACAUAUUUUGCUGCAUUGUGCAAAAUACGAGCAAGCCAGGGCUGAACUUAUACUACCCUUGCUGGUACCUUUCCCAGGAAAAUCAGAGGCUCACUAUGUCAGGUUCCUAUUGGAAGACCGGACAAACGCUAGGACAUUAGCAGCGGUGAAGUUUUUAUCGGUGGUUGCAACAAGCUUAUAAAAAUGAGAAAGAGAGAACAGAGAAAAGUUUUUCUCCUCCUCUCACAGUUCUAGAACUCGUAGAACAUUCAAGGGAGCUUGGACGCUGGAAGAAUCAGGGCAGAUAAGAGAAAGUCCUUCUCCGUGCAGCGCAGUGUUUAACUGCGGAACUCUCUGCCACAGGAGGCAGGGAUGGCCACUAACUUGGAUGGCUUGAAAAGAGGGAUGGACAAAUUAAUGGAGGAGGAGAGGGCUGUUGAAGGCUACUAGCCAUGAGGCCUUUGCUAAUAAUAAUAAUAAUAAUAAUAAUAAUUUAUUAUUUAUACCCCGCCCAUCUGGCUGAGUUUCCCCAGCCACUCUGGGCGGCUCCCAAUCAAGUGUUAAAAACAGUACAGCGUUAAAUAUUAAAAACUUCCCUAAACAGGGCUGCCUUCAGAUGUCUUUUAAAGAUAGGAUAGCUGCUUAUUUCCUUCACAUCUUAUUUCCUUCACAUUCCUUCACUACCGAGAAGGCCCUCUGUCCGGUUCCCUGUAACCUCACUUCUUGCAAUGAGGGAACCGCCAGAAGGCCCUCGGCGCUGGACCUCAGUGUCCGGGCAGAACGAUGGGGGUGGAGGCGCUCCAUCAGCUUAAUCCUCUGUCUUUGUGAUGCUACUUCAGAACAGUUCCUUUUCUGCAUCCUGAGUGGCAGCAGCUUCUGCGGAGCCACAAGGCUGUUGGCAGGGGCCACCGAGGCCUCACCCAAGUAAUUGCCUGACCUCCUGAUCCCACGCGAACGGGCCCUUGGCCAGCGCCAGGCAGCCUCGCUCCGUGCGAACGAAGCACCUUGCUCAGAGCUCAGUUAUCCAUCAAGGUUGCGAUCUUCCAUCAGGAGAGGAAAAGGCCCAUCAGGUGGGGAUGUGCGCAACCUGAGGCCGUGGCUCCCGGCCAGCCAGGAAGCUUCUCAGGCCCCGAAACAGGACGCUCCAGACCUUGACCUCUUCCCUGCGGAGAACCAAAGCCAGCGGCUCAGGGCCACAGCGGGGUCAGCGGCCGCUCAGCGCCUAUUCCAGGGCCGUGGCUGGAGGUUCUGGCGUGGAUCGGGCAGCCCGGUCGCAUCUUCUGAGGGUGCAAGAAGAGGAGACAAGGGAAGCGUGCUUAGGUGGGACUUCCUAAGAGGAGGAAAAGCAGCUCCCCUGGGGGACCCGGCUGCUCAGGGAGGAUGCCUGUCCUCGCGCCAGUUCUGAGAGGGAGCUAGAUAAAGUUUCUCAGCACUGCGGAAAAGGGUUGGGCUCUGUGGUCGGUUGACCCUGUGGUCGUGUGGCUCUAAUCUACACAGAGGUCCUCUCUCUCUCUCUCUCUCUCUGCCUCUGGCAUCCUCUGCCUCUUUCCUGAACGGGGCUGAACGUUGGGAGGUUCAGGACAGAUAAAGUCUUCCUUGACGCAGCACAAACUAUGGAACUCCCUGCCACCGGAGGCAGCGGGGAUUAGACAAAUUCAUGGAGGAAAGGGCUAUCGAUAGCUGCUGUGCUCUGAAUCCACUGUCAGAGGGAGCAAUACCAGUUGCUGUGGAAGGGAGAGAGCUCUUGUGGUCGGAUCCUGCUUGCUGGUCUCCCAGUGAGGCAUCUGCUUGGCCUCUGCGUUGAGCCUGUGCUUUGCAAGCAGGCGGGUUCGAUCUCUCGACAUUUGUAUCCUGAGAACAGGAUGUUGGACUCGUGUUCUAAUGGAGCCUCCAGGUCCAGAGGCAGUCUAUAUAGAUUCCUGGGUUCUUAGGGGUAUUUGGCUACUACUCUGAGAACAGGAUGGGAUGUGGGUGGCGGUGUGGGUUAAACCACAGAGCCUAGGGCUUGCCGAUCAGAGGGUCGGCGGUUCAAAUCCCCACGACGGGGUGAGCUCCUGUUGCUCGGUCCCUGCUCCUGCCAACCUAGCAGUUCAAAAGCACGUCAAAGUGCAAGUAGAUAAAUAGGUACCACUCCAGCGGGAAGGUAAACACCGUUUCCGUGCGCUGCUCUGCUUCGCCAGAAGCGGCUUAGUCCUGCUGGCCACAUGACCCAGAAGCUGUACGCCGGCUCCCUCGGCCAAUAAAGCGAGAUGAGCGCCGCAACCCCAGAGUCGGCCACGACUGGACCUAACGGUCAGGGGUCCCUUUACCUUUACUGAGAACAGGAUGCUGGGCUGGAUGAGCCCCUUUUGGCCUGACCCAGCUGGCUCUUCUCAUGUCCUUGCCUUCACCCCCACCCACCCCACCCCUCUUUUGACAACACACAUUCCCAAUAUAUCUUCCUAACUCCUGCUUGACCCCUGAAGCGGAAUGUGAGGCAGGUAGCUCAAGUCCCUUAGGGAUGCCAGAGGGUGUCUUCCUCCUUCCUCCAAGGAUGGCCAGAGGAGUCACUCCCGGUUUUCCCAGGAUGGAGGGGAGGCUGGCAAGCUAUAAAUACCCGCCGCCUGCUUCCACGCUGCCCUCGCGGCUCCCUCCAGCUGCCAGCCGGCUGCGUCACUCAGAGAGGGCGAAGGCGCUGCCUUAUCGUGUCUCCUCUGUUUGUUUCCCUUUCCAUCUUCCUGCUUAUUGCAUCCUUAGGAAUUGUUUCGGAGGCGACAGAUUGCCCGCUAAGUGUGGCUGGUGGACGUUUCCUGUUUUAUCUGGACCAUUUUGGGUUUCUUGUUUCUUGGAAGGGGAGAGAGAGAGAGAGAGAGAGAGAGAGAGAGAGAGAGAGAUUCAGCAGGAGAAAAACAAGCAGCUGCCUUUCAGACGGGAAGUGGGCUCUGUAGCAACUUCCUGGAGUGGAUGGCAGGGCAAGAAUUGGACUGGCGGUGCUGGGAGCCAGAGGUCUCUGCGACCCUUUUAGGCUAGUGAGGUGUUGUCCUGAAUUCUUGGAGGAAGAAAAGGUUUUGAGAAUGUUGAGGACUGGAGCAAAGUCCGCCCAGCGCCAUGUCUCUAACUUCAGGCCUUAGGAAGGGAGAGCACAAACCUUGUAAUAAUAAUAAGAAGAAAUUUGUUGCGCCCCUCUGACUGGGUUGUCCCAGCCACUCAGCAUGCGAAUGGAUGGAUCCAGAUUAAUAGUCAGCCUCUGGGUCCAUAGAGCCCAUCUUUCUCAUAUACAGACACACACAUGCACACAGAUCUGGAACCACAGGUCAUCCCCGCAUCUGGAGCCAGAGCAGGAUCAGGCCCCUGACUCGGCCCAGCUGGUGUUUGUUGCAGGGGAACCUGUGCAGACUGGGGCUCUUCAGAAUCAGGCCCCAGACUUGGUUCAGGUGAUGCCUGAGGCGAAGGAUCUGGUGCAGACUGAGUCUCCUCUGGUUCCGAGUCCGAGCCCAAGGAUCGAGUUCUGCAUUUUAAACUUUCUGGCUAUUAAACUUUUGCACAGCAGGAGCCUUGAACCCUGAAAGAUUCCCCCAAAGUUGCCCUGCUGAGCAAUCACCCUAAUGCUUCCCUUUGAGCUUGCACCUCAGCCAGUGUGGUGUAGUGGUUAAGAGCGGUAGCCACUUAAUCUGGUGAACCGGGUUCGCUUCCCCGCUCCUCCACAUGCAGCUGCUGGGUGACCUUGGGCCAGUCACACUUCUUUGAAGUCUCUCAGCCCCACUCACCUCUCAGAGUGUUUGUUGUGGGGGAGGAAGGGAAAGGAGAAUGUUAGCGGCUUUGAGCCUCCUUAAAGGGAGUGAAAGGCGGGAUAUCAAAUCCAAACUCUUCUUCUUCUUCAACCCGGCUGCAGCUUGCAGGGGAGAAGGGAACAGAUCCUGUUGCCACAGGAGUAUUGCAGGGAGGUCAGGGAGGAAAGAACAGCCCCCCCCCCGGUCACCCAGAAUCGCCACCCUCGCCGGACCGUGCUCCCAGAGAAUUGCGGAGGAAGGAAGCUCUGCGCUUUGCCAGGCGAGACUUCCUCUGAGAAGACCCUGCUACGAUGGGGGGUUGGCAGCAAGGCUGCUGCGCCCGGGUGGCAGCGGUGGGGAUGGUCGGCAGGGGACGGAUGCAAAUUCCUAAUUAGCAGAGGCCUUUCCGAAGAAGCUGGGCGACUUCCCCUGCGCACCGCAGGGUUCUCCGGUGCUGGGAAAGAGGACCUCAGAGGGCCCAUUAAUGCGGCGGCCAGCCUUGCGCCAGGCCUCUCGCCCCCGCCUGCCGCGCUUCUGGGCAGCCGGCAGAACGGGGCUCGGCUGAUUACACGGGCCCAGCGCCAGCUUCCUGAAGUUAACGAGACAUCCGAAGCAGCAGCAGCAGCAGCAGCAGGGCUUUAAAUAAACCGUCUCGCAAAGGCGCGUUUUUGUGGAGCCAGGGGGCAGCUCCUGCGGACCCUUGCCUCGCUUGGUCGUGGGGGCAGCGGCGGGAGAAGGGGCGAGAGGGGGAGGACAGAGCUGUUUGGGUCUGGGGUAGGGCUGGACCAGGGGUCAGCAACCUUUAUUCAAAGUGUUGGUGCUGAUCUUUAAAGCCCUAAACGGCUUCGGUCCUGUAUACCUGAAGGAGCAUCUCCAACCUCCAAUCGUUCAGCCCGGACUCUGAGGUCCAGUGCCGAGUGCCUUCUGGCAGUAGUGAGGUUACAGGGAACCAGACAGAGGGCCUUCUUAGUAGUGGCGCCCACCCUGUGGAACACGCUCCCUUCAGAUGUGAAGGGAAUAAGCAACUAUCCUAUCUUUAAAAGACAUCUGAAGGCAGCCCUGUUCAGGGAAGUUUUUAAUAUUUAACGCUGUACUGUUUUUAACAUUUGAUUGGGAGCCGCCCAGAGUGGCUGGGGAAACUCAGCCAGAUGGGUGGGGUAUAAAUAAAUUAUUAUUAUUAUUAUUAUUAUUAUUAUUAUUAUUAAUCAGCUGUGGGCCAUGUGGGGGGGCUGGACUAUAUUUUUUUGGGGGGGGGAAUAUGAACAAAUUCCUAUGCCCCACAAAUGACCCAGAGAUGCAUUUUAAAUAAAAUGACAUGUUCUACUCAUGUAAAAACACCAGGCAGGCCCCACAAAUAACCCAGAGAUGCAUUUUAAAUAAAAACACACAUUCGACUCAUGUAAAAACACACUGAUUCCCGGACUGUCCGUGGGCCGGAUUUAGAAGGUGAUUGGGCUGCAUCUAGCCCCCAGGCCUUAGGUUGCCUACCCCUGGGCUGGACCAAAGUUAUUUAUUUUUUUGAAUGUUGGUUUUUGUGUUUUGUGUAUUGUUAUUUUUCAAUAUUUUUCGUGCUGUUGUUGUGUGGAAAAUACUAAUAAAAUUUAUAAUAAAUAAUAAUAAAGGAGAUUUGCCUCAACGCUGUAAGCUUCUGGGGCAGGCGUGUCUAAGCAAGAGCAUUUUUAGCAGGUGCCAGAAGUACAGGGAAGGCACUUGCAUGAGAUCAAGAGGCAGGGAGUUCCAAAGUGUAGGUGCUACCACACUAAGAGAAAUGCAAAGCAUUAUCCCAUCCGAUUGGGUUGCCCCAGCCACUACGGGUGGCUUCCAACAAAUAUAUAAAGAUACAAUAAAGAAUCAGACAUUGAAAACUUCUCUUCCUCCAAGAUCAAAGUGUUCUGGGGCUUAAUUUACGAGGAGUUGAAAAAAAUGUUUGGAAUAACUUUUUUAAAAAGACCAGAGGCAUUUCUUUUAAGCAUUGUUGGCAGGGACAUCCCAAAGGCCUUUAGGGAGGUAUUCUUCUAUGCAACGGCCGCAGCUCGGACUUUGGUGGCAAAAGGGUGGAAGGAACAAGAAGCCCCGACAAUAACGGACUGGCAUUACAGGCUACAAGAAUUUGCUGAAAUGGCGCAGUUAACCAGUACCCUGAGAGGCAACUCAAAACAAAAAUUUAUGGAAAAGUGGGAUAGAUAUAAAACAUAUGUUCAAAAAUACAGUAAAGGUUCGCUAUCUAUGCUAGUGUUUGAUUGGCGUUGGAGUGAGAUUGAGUUGAGAAAUAAGACUGAGAGCACAUAUUGAUAUAGGAAUGUAUUAGAUAAUAUCUAAAGAAAUAUACAAUAAUAAGAGUACAUUUAUUUCUAAAAAUGGAAUAUACAAUGGGAAAGACUGGAAGUCUAGUGUGUUGGUAUGUAUAUGAUUUGGGGGGGAUUUGUUUUUGUUUCUUCUCUUUGUUCUUUUUUUGUUUCAUUUUCUUUCUAGGUAUAUAAAAUUUGUAUAUAAUUUUUGCAUACAUGUUGGAAAUCAUAGUAAGUCCUGUAAUGUAAGGGACGCGGGUGGCGCUGUGGGUUAAACCACAGAGCCUAGGACUUGCCGAUCAGAAGGUCAGCAGUUCGAAUCCCUGCGACGGGGUGAGCUUCUGUUGCUCGGUCCCUGCUCCUGCCGACCUAGCAGUUCGAAAGCACGUCAGAGUGCAAGUAGAUAAAUAGGUACCACUCCGGUGGGAAGGUAAACGGCGUUUCCGUGCGCUACUCUGGUUCGCCAGAAUCGGCUUAGUCCUGCUGGCCACAUGACCCGGAAGCUGCACGCCGGCUCCCUCGGCCAGUAAAGCGAGAUGAGCACUGCAACCCCAGAGUCGGCCACGACUGGACCUAAUGGUCAGGGGUCCCUUUACCUUUUAAGUCCUGUAAUGUAAUAUGACAACGUUUACCAAUGUGAUAUAAGAAUGUUAACAAAUAAAUAAAAUGCAAAUUAAAAAAAAAAAAGAAAGAAGAAGAAAAAACUUCUCUUCCUCCUUCUGCAGGAAGAAGCACGUGUCUGCCAUCUUGGACAUCCGCGGUCUGCAGAACCAGUCCCACCGGCAGGACAUCCUGGCCGCCAUAGAGAGCCGGGAGCUGACCGAGGACGGGGAGGUUCCCUGCCUGGACCGGGCCUUCUUCAACGAGAUCCCCACCAGCAAGGUCUUCUGCGUCCGCCUCCAGCUGCGCUGCGUCUCGGUCCUGGGGGUGACCGGACUCUCCCGGCUCCGCCAGAUGCCUUGGCGGCGGCAGCAGCAGCAGCGGCGGCAGCAGCACAGGCGGCGGUCCAAAGAGAGCGGGGCCGAGUCGCAGGUGUGAGGACAGGCGCCCCGCCAAAUGGUGGACUCCCUCUCUCAGCCACCAGGUUACGGGGCAGGGGCUAGGAGCCUCCCACGGGGGGGUGCCUUUUCUGCCCCCCCCCCAGAGCCGCCCACUGCAGGGCUCACACUCCAAACAAGGGCUGCGGCAUCCGCUCCCUGCAAGAGCCAGCUGAAUCUGUUGUCUGCAUUUUAUUCCGCAGCCCAGAUUUCGCAGGCAUCCUGGCUGCGUUUCAAAGCACCUGGGUAGUUGAAGGAAAGGACUCCUCUCCUAUUAACUGGGCUGCAGGUUUAGAACUUUAAAACUAAGGUUGCAAAUGGGGACACGGAGGAAGAAUUUUAUCCGUUAAAGAAGAAUCCAGUUCUGCCUGGAACAGGGAAAAUCGAGCCACUGGUGUAUCUUGAGAGAUGGGCAAAAUCAUUUAUUUAAGUUGGGUUGGGAACCUUUUCCAGGCAGAGGGCCACAUUUCUUCUGAAUUAACCGCCCAAGGGCCACAGGUGGGCGGUGCCAGAGGUCAAAGUGGGCGGGGCAAUGGAUGUAAAUUUUUACCAAUGUAUAGUGGGCUCGUUUCUGCGCAUGCUCCCUCGAGAGGCAAACCAGAAACAUCAUCAGAGUUCCAGGCCAGGUGGAAACUUUCCAGCCGGCCCAGGGAGGAGUGUGGCCUGGAGAAUGUUCUGGGGGCCACGUGGAGAGGACUCCGGGGGCCACAUUCAGAUCCUGACACACACCUACAACGUGAACUGUUCACACGUCGAGGCUCCACUGCAUAAUUCAGUUCUUAUAUGGCAAGAGAUGUAUUGGGGGUUACCCGACCCUCCGCUCAAAGUAGGGGGCACACCUCACCUCCCCCCACUUCUGCGACUCAGUUUCUCCCUUGGACCAGGGGGCGGGUGGUUGGCACAGGACAAAGCGAGGGAUGGAGUAAGCGAGGCCUUAAGGGAGUAAGUAUACCUGCUCUGGAUGUAUGUAUGUAUGUAUAAAUAAAUAAAUGCAUAUUAAUUUAA